AUGUACCCCAGCACACACAGAGAAUCUGCACCACAUACCCCAGUACACAGAUUGAAUCUGCACCAUGUACCCAAGCACAGAGAUAAUAUGCAUCACAUACCCCAGCACACAGAGAGAAUCUUCAUCUGCAUAGCCCAGCAAAGAGAAUCUGCACCAUAUACCUCAGCACAGAGUAAGAAUCUGCACCGUGUUGCCCAACACAAAGAGAGAAUCUGCACCACAUACUUCAGCACACACAGAGAAUCUGCACCACGUACCCCAGCACACAGAGAGAAACUUCACCACAUACCCCAGUACACAGGUUGAAUCUGCACCACGUACCCCAGCACACAGAGAGAAACUUCACCACAUACCCCAGUACACAGAUUGAAUCUGCACCACGUACCCCAGUAUACAGAGAUAAUAUGCACCAUGUAGCUCAGAAGAGAGAGAGAGAGAAUCUGCACCACAUACCCUAGCACACAGAGGGGAUCUGCACCAUUUAGCCCAGCAGAGAGAUAAUCUGCACCACAUACUUCAGCACACAGAUAGAAUCUGCACCAUGUACCCCAACACGCAGAAAGAAUCUGCACCACGUACUCCAACACACAGAGAUAAUCUGCACCACAGCAGGCACAGAGAGAAUCUGCACCACGUAUACCAGCAUGCAGAGAGAAUCUGCAGCACAUAGCCCAACACACAGAAAAUUGGCACCAUCUACCCCAAUACACAGAAAGAAUCUGCACCACGUACCCCAAUACACAGAUUGGAUCUGCACCACGUAUACCAGCAUGCAGAGAGAAUCUGCAUCACAUAGCCCAACACACAGAAAGAAUCUGCAACACGUACCCCAAUACACAGAUUGGAUCUGCACCACAUACCUGAGCACACAGAGAGAAUCUGCACCACAUACCGCAGAAUAUGGUAAAGGUUUUAAUAUUCAAAUAUUUUGACUAUGAAAAUGUUCUGUUAAGUCCUGGUAAUGCAUAACUCAUGCUUUUAAAGUUGAUACAAUUUUAAUUCUCUGAAAAAUUGAAGAAAAUAAAUUCCCUAGUGAGAGUUAUACCUUGCAAUGCAUUUUAUAAUGUCACAGUAAUAUUGUCACUAUUAUGUGUGCAGUAAGAAACUCUAUAGAACUGCUUACAAAAGAGUUCUUUCAAAUGGGGUGUGUCUAAUACAGAGAGAUUCCCGGGUGGGUGUAUCUAAUACAGAGAUCUUCCCGGGUGGGGUGUGUCUAAUACAGAGAGAUUCCCGGGUGGGUGUGUCUAAUACAGAGAUCUUCCCGGGUGGGGUGUGUCUAAUACAGAGAGAUUCCCGGGUGGGUGUGUCUAAUACAGAGAUCUUCCCGGGUGGGGUGUGUCUAAUACAGAGAUCUUCGGGUGGGGUGUGUCUAAUACAGAGAGCUUCCCGGGUGGGGUGUGUCUAAUACAGAGAGCUUCCCCCAGGUGGGGUGUGUCUAAUACAGAGAGCUUCCCGGGUGGGGUGUGUCUAAUACAGAGAGCUUCCCGGGUGAGGUGUGUCUAAUACAGAGAGCUUCCCGGGUGGGGUGUGUCUAAUACAGAGAGAUUCCCGGGUGGGUGUGUCUAAUAAAGAGAUCUUCCCGGGUGGGUGUGUCUAAUACAGAGAGCUUCCCAGGUGGGGUGUGUCUAAUACAGAGAGAUUCCCGGGUGGGUGUGUCUAAUACAGAGAUCUUCCCGGGUGGGGUGUGUCUAAUACAGAGAGAUUCCCGGGUGGGUGUGUCUAAUACAGAGAUCUUCCCGGGUGGGGUGUGUCUAAUACAGAGAGUCGGGUGGGUGUGUCUAAUACAGAGAUCUUCCCGGGUGGGGUGUGUCUAAUACAGAGAUCUUCCCGGGUGGGGUGUGUCUAAUACAGAGAGAUUCCCGGGUGGGUGUGUCUAAUACAGAGAUCUUCCCGGGUGGGGUGUGUCUAAUACAGAGAUCUUCCCAGGUGGGGUGUGUCUAAUACAGAGAGCUUCCCGGGUGGGGUGUGUCUAAUACAGAGAGCUUCCCGGGUGGGGUGUGUCUAAUACAGAGAGCUUCCCGGGUGAGGUGUGUCUAAUACAGAGAGCUUCCCGGGUGGGGUGUGUCUAAUACAGAGAGCUUCCCGGGUGGGGUGUGUGUAAUACAGAGAGCUUCCCGGGUGGGGUGUGUCUAAUACAGAGAGCUUCCCGGGUGGGGUGUGUCUAAUACAGAGAGCUUCCCGGGUGGGGUGUGUCUAAUACAGAGAGCUUCCCGGGUGGGAUGUGUGUAAUACAGAGAGCUUCCAGGGUGGGGUGUGUCUAAUACAGAGAGCUUCCCGGGUGUGGUGUGUCUAAUACAGAGAGCAUCCCAUGUGGGGUGUGUCUAAUACAGAGAGCUUCCUGGGUGGGGUGUGUCUAAUACAGAGAGCUUACCGGGUGGGGUGAGUCUAAUACAGAGAGCAUCCCGUGUGGGGUGUGUGUAAUACAGAGAGCUUCCCGGGUGGGGUGUGUCUAAUACAGAGAUAUUCCCGUGUGGGGUGUGUCUAAUACAGAGAGCUUCCCAUGUGUGGUGUGUCUAAUACAGAGAGCAUCCCAUUUGUGAGGUGUGUCUAAUACAGAGAGCUUCCCAUGUGGGGUGUGUGUAAUACAGAGAGCUUCCCGGGUGGGGUGUGUGUAAUACAGAGAGCUUCCCGGGUGGGGUGUGUCUAAUACAGAGAGAUUCCCGUGUGGGGUGUGUCUAAUACAGAGAGCUUCCCAUGUGUGGUGUGUCUAAUACAGAGAGCAUCCCAUUUGUGAGGUGUGUCUAAUACAGAGAGCUUCCCAUGUGGGGUGUGUGUAAUACAGAGAGCGUCCCAUGUGGGUUGUGUGUAAUACAGAGAGCGUCCCAUUUGUGAGGUGUGUCUAAUACUGAGAGCAUCCCGUGUGGGGUGUGUGUAAUACAGAGAGCUUCCCGGGUGGGGUGUGUCUAAUACAGAGAGAUUCCCGUGUGGGGUGUGUCUAAUACAGAGAGCUUCCCAUUUGUGAGGUGUGUCUAAUACAGAGAGCUUCCCAUGUGGGGUGUGUGUAAUACAGAGAGCGUCCCAUGUGGGUUGUGUGUAAUACAGAGAGCGUCCCAUUUGUGAGGUGUGUCUAAUACAGAGAGCUUCCCAUGUGGGGUGUGUGUAAUACAGAGAGUGUCCUAUUUGUGAGGUGUGUCUUUUACAGAGAGAAUUCUCUUUCACUUUCACCCUGUCUGCAGCUUUGUAAAACAUGGAAUAACAACACUAAAACACUGACACACACACACACACUGACACACACACGCACACUGACACACACACACACACUGACACACACACACACUGACACACACACUGACACACACACUGACACACACACACACUGAUACCCACACACUGAAACACACACACACACACACACACACACACUGACACACACACGCACACUGACACACACACACACUGACACACACACUGACACACACACACACUGACACACACACACACUGAUACCCACACACUGAAACACACACACACACUGACACACACACACACUGAUACCCACACACUGAAACACACACACACACACCCUGACACACACACACACUGACACACACAUAUGCUUCUACUACAGGACACACACAAUCAGGCCAACCCCUGGAGCGAAUAGGGACUGCUGCCCUGAGGGAUUGGCAUAGCAGCCAAAAGGAUACCGUUAGUUUUACAGUUGAAAGCAUGGAAUUCUGGGAAACAUUACCAGACUACUGGUGAACAAUGGUGAGGGACCAUGGCAGUGUCUUUCCUCCGGUAGUCCCUGUAACAAGUACUUUAUUAAAUUGAGUUCCCUCCUUGAAGGAGCCAGGCAGUGCUGUUUCUCCUAAAAAAGAAAACCCAGAAAUUACUUUUACCUUCUACUGAGAGUACAGGAUGGCCCACACCCCUGCUGUGUCUAGGGAGCCCCUGCUUACCCUAUUGCAGGCCUUUCAGAGGACCCAGCAACUCGCUGCUCCACAGUGUCCAAGGCAAGCAGGCUGCUCAGGAGGGGCUGGUGCAGGAGGUGCAGACCAGGAGUGGACAUCGGGCCCGCCGUUCCAGACUGCAUUCCAGACUGUCUGGUGCGGAGGUCCAGGGUCACGGUAUCGCUAGAGGUUCUGGGGCAGAGUGAGGCUGGCUCCAGAUGGCAUGAUGCAGGCAUCGUGAGGCGGAAGAAUGGCAGCAGGUGCUGCGGAAGUCGAGGUGGCCGGGCUGGGCCUGGAUGGCAAGAUAGGGGUCCCCAAAAUGGCGCUGGAUGCAAGGUGAGGUCACACAGUCCUCACCCUUCUCUUCCGGUGGCUGCGGAAGUGAUGUUGGUGCGUGCGGCUGCAUGCAGGAAGAGGCAGAGUACCUCUUGCCGGAACUUUGGUGGCACGUACGUGACGUCUGCACAUCUCGGAACACAGACGUCACAGGCCCCUGCCGAACCCGAAAGUCCCAGAGCUUCUUGGAUUGGGGAAUCGGAGAAGAAGCACAGCUGGCCUCCUGGCAAGUGGGGCAUGCCAGCGGGUGGUAACAGGCCAAUGGAGGAUUUCGCCAGCUUUUGGACCGGAGGCCAAGAAGCACCAGGGAGGGACACAGGAUUCCCCUCCACAUUACCGGCAUGGACGGACUGGAACUCCCUGGGGUGUGAUCCGCCCCUCCCCUGGCGGAACAGCAGGCAGGCGGACUGCAGCACCCUCACAGCAAGAAGGACCGGAAUUGGAGCCUGGGAUAGAGAGACGCCAGUUGGCGCCUGCAAGGACCGUUGGGGCAGCGAGGGACGCGCAGGGCUCAGUGCUUCCCUCUGGGGUUUCCCCUUCAGGUAUAGGUGAGGUGAAUACUUCGGGGGGACCUGUCUGUGACAUUGCUCCCCUGUGGUUACAUGUGUCUUAAGAGGUGAGAGAAAAGAUACUUAAGGGUGUGUAUGUGGACCUACUAUCCUUGGUACCAUUUGACAAGGAGUCAGCGGAUAGACCGCGUCGGUGUAAUGCGGCUGAGGGCGAAAAAGGUGAGCAGCUCCCCAUAUCUUUGGGAAUUGGUUGCAAGGAUUUGCUACCUAUGCUAGCAUCCUAUUAGCUAGGUUUCCGGAAAAGGCCCUGUCACUAUUUUUGCAUACGGACUUGAUUUGGGGGGCUUAUAAGGUGUACGGGGGGGGGGGGCAAUGCUGAUUUAAAUAUGACCAGCAGUUUUAAAAUAAUAAUAAUAAUAAUAAUAAUAAUAAUAAUAAUAAUAAUAAAUAAAUACAUUUUAAAAAUAAAAAAAUAUGGUGGUUAGGCCAAACUUGGAUUUCGGUGUGCAAGCCGGAAGCAUGUGGUUGCUUCUCAUUAAUCCUUGUCGUUCUGUCGACCACCAGCACUUCCAGAGGAGCGUCGGCGGGUCACAAGAAGGGCAUCUGUUGGCUCUUUAGCGAGAGCCACUGCAUAGGGUACAGCAGUUGUAGGUUUAAGCAUGAGUGCAAAAGAAAAGGAGGGUGCUCUGUGUAGUAUAGAAACAGGCGCUUAGUGGUAGUACAGAUAUAAUAAAGCAGCUCAACAGACGUGCAGGUAUCCCAAUCCUACACAAAUAAGUAUGUGCAAAGAAAAGUGCAGAUAUAAUAAAGCAGCCCAGCACACGAUAAUCAUGAGUGCUCCUACUGUGGUGGGGCUCACCCAGCCGUCCAUUGUUUUAAGAGGUGAAAACCCCUCCCGAGGUCGGCGUCCAAGGAUGACGUUCCUCAAGGAGAGGACGCCAGUGAGGGCAGAAAGACAGGAUUUGGUUCGCAGAGUAGGACCUGGGGCCCUGUUGGCGACGUCCGAAAUCCAUUCGGCUUUUCAGUUGCUGCCAGUACACCCAGAUUAUUUUCAUCUGUUGGGGUGUCAGUUUCAGAGUGAUAUGUGCCUUCUCAUGGGUUGUUCGAUUUCUUGUUUUUAUUUUGAAGUUUUCAGUUCCUUGUUGGAAUGGAUCGUGGCGUGGGUGUCGGGCUGUUCUUCGCUCCUUCACUAUCUCAACAACUUUUUUGUUUGUCGGUCUGGCUAAUUCCUCACAGUGUAGUGGUUUGUCCAUCUCUUUCUACACUAGUCAGGUUCUCAGGUUUGUACGGACUUGUUGUUCUACUUUCAUAGGGUUAUGGUGGAUUUUGGGGUUCCAGAGGCUGAGGAGAAAACGGAGGGCCCUAGUAUGAUUUCCUUCCUAGGGAAUUAGAUACAAUUGGCUAAUAAAGUGUUUCACUUGCCGGAGACUAAGCUUCAGGUUGUCAUAUCUAGUGUCAUAUCUAGGGGGCUCGCUAUUGGGCUAUUUGAAUUCUGCAAUCCCUACAGGGCCAUUUGAAUUUUGGCUGUAAGUCAUGCCCAUGGGGCGUGCUUUCAGUCACUGACUUUCCUUGGCUGUGGUUUGUAUUCAUCUACCUUUUAACUUUACCCAACUUUUGGGAGUUUGCAGUUUUAUUCCUCGUGGGUUACAAUGGUCAGACAGUGUCUAACUUGGCCUUUGAGCUGUUCACGGAGGCUGUGACUCGGUUAGUUUUGGAGCUUUUUUUGAGGGAUGUGCGGGCCAUUGGCGUGGUCAGAUUUAUUUUUGAUGCUAUUCCUGAUUGUAGUGUCGGUCAAGCUCUGGUUCUCAGCUUUGGCAAAGAAGUAGGUUCUUUUCCGUGCAUAUAACCUUAGUGCGGGUCAUGUCGUUAACCAGUUAUCUCUGGGUUCUCUUCUGGGAUGGGCCUUAUUGCGAUGAUUGAUUCUGCAUUGGAAUUUAAUAUUUGGUUUGGGUGCAGGGUUCAGGUGUGUCUAAUGUAUUGCCAACUCUCUUUCUCGCUUCCAGUAGGAUGAAUUUCAUGAGUUGACUCCAGAGGCAGAGGCUUGUGGAGGGCUCUGAAUGCUUCUGGAACCUCAGUUUCGGAACUUGACUGACUUGAUUGAAAGGUCCCUGUCUCCUAGGUCUACCCAUAGCUUGUUGGUUAUUAAGCCAGUUACUGCAAAAUAUACCAGGCAACAUUUUGCAGUUUGCACCUCCUAGUUACUAUACUGCAGGUACUCCCGCCAGCACAUACCUCUAGAUCAGGGAUAGGCAACCUCUGGCACUCCAGAUGUUUUGGACAACAUCCCCCAUAAUGCCCGUACACCCGUAAUGCUGGCAAAGCAUUGGUGUGGUCCAAAACAUCUGGAGUGCCAAAGGUUGCCUAUGCCUGCUCUAGAUGCUAUUUCUUUAACACAGGACCCUGUCAUCAUUUCUAAGAUGCUAUUAUCUGCAGUAUACUGGCACUCUCAAGCUUGUUUUGGAGACACUGCAGUUUCGGUAAACAUUGUUAUCAGCUUUGUUAACAGCUUCAGUGCAGCUCACUGGGACUUGGCUAUUCUUCCUUGAGCCCGGGUACUGUUAUAUCGAUACAUUAUGGACACUACUAAUUUGUAGCUGUUGUUCCCACAGUGGCAUUUCACUCUAUUAACAGGCAGUGUAACUGUAUCACUUGAGGAUUUCUUACAACAGUCAUUUGAAUGAAACUUUCUACACAUAUUUGUUUGUAUAACCCCCUUUUUAAUUAUUUACAUUAAAAGUGAAGUUUUAAUUAUCUUUCCUCUUUUGCCCAAGCUAUCCUAAGGUCACCCCUCUAUAACGAGGCAGCUACCACUCUGCUGGACACUCUAUCAUCUGGUUUUUGAUUGUAUGUUGAAUUAGAAGGAGAUAAAUGUAAAGGCUUGGCCUACAGUUGUGGGAGGGGCAUGUUACCCUAUUUAAACCCCCCUACUCACCUUCCUCCGUCCCGUACGUUUUUUAGUGACUCGCAUGUCGCUAUGUCCGGUCGACAUCUGCUCCCUCGUGGUUUCUUCUUACCUGGCUUUUCCCUCGCCAAUUUCGUUCCGUCCGCGGUCAUUUCUGAGUGUUUCUGCACCGUGGGUCUCCUGUGGCUUUCUCCCGGGUGUUUCUGGGCGAAGUCUGGAUCCUGUAGCGGGGGUUGCCCCCUCUCCCUCCCUCCAAAUGCUUGUGGCUGUUUAGCAGGGGUGUUGUCGGCAGGUCCUGCUUGCCUGGCCAUCGUGGGGAUUCGUGGUUGCAUGUUGGGCAGUGGUGUGGUUUCGGUGAGUGCUGCUCUUUGUUUCCCGUUUCGUGUGGUCUCGGUCUGCGGGCUGGCCUCGCUGCAGAGCGGGGUGUGGGUGGUUGGUUUUCUGUCCAGAGCUCUGCCUCUCAUCCUCUGCGUCGCCCUCUUUCGGCGCUGGCUCUCGUGGAGUCAUCCCAGCUACGAUGCUGCUCACCUCCGCUGGCGGCUCAGCUUGCUACAUGUUCCGUUCUACCUUCAUUGCGGUUAACCCCCUCGCUGCCGUGACGCCUUUCUCACAUUAACAGCUUCUCUCACUACCUAUUAUGCAACCGUGCGGCCGCCCCGCAUACCUUCUCAUGUACUUUUAACUUUUUUUUUUUCAUGUCCUGUUAUUCUAUUUUUUCAUUUGCUUUUCCCCUUUAAAAAAAAAAAUAGGUAUAAUAUUUUUGUGUAAUUUUUAAUAAGGAUACUACAUACUAAUUAUAAAUACAAAAAAAAUAAAAAAUGUUUUCGUUUUAUUAGUUCUGAAUCAUUGUAGCUGAAUACACCGAUGGUUCCAUGUUUUUUCCUUUAAUUUGCUGGAUGGCUGUUUUCCAUAUUGGUACUACGGCCCUCGGGACAAAUCAGUUAGUCGCCUCGCGUUGUGGCAUAGGGAGGGCCUCACCUGUCACUCCCAUUCUAUCUUAUGUUUAGCUGUCACUGAGAGGCCAACACCCCGCCACAACGUUUCAGUGGCCACGUUUUCCCCUCGCGCCAACUCAUAGAUAGAGCCUCUCUCGCCGCUUGGCGUCUAGCAGGGCCUCACCUGUCACCAAACCUAGUUUUUAAUUGCUUCGCCUUUUGGCACUAGCUAGUAUGCCAGCACGCACACUCACACACUUUCACACUCACGUACACAUUGGGUCGCUUAUUGCGCUGUUUUAUUUGUCUCUUUUUCUGGCAGGUCUCCGCUGCUUAGCGAUUAGCAUGGUUUUCUCCGCCUGAGCUCUCUGGCUAGGUCUGAUACUCAUCGCGCUGUGGAGUUUCGGUUACUCCUACUCUCCUGUAGCUGCUGUCGUUCCCUGUGUUUUAGGGCCCGACCACAGGCUGCCAGCCUUGCAAGCUCAUGGUCGUCAUCUUUUCACAUCUGGCUCUUUUUUCACGCUCGCGGUACAUGUGUUAGGGCCUUUUUCCCCUUUAAGGCUCCUUCUUCGCGUAUACUGAUACUGUAUCUGUUGCUGUGUUGUCUGCAUUGUGGUUUUGCUUCUUUUGCCACCUCUACCUUGCAUCAACUCUACCUAUCCGGUCUAACACUCCACAUGUUGUACAGGUUUACCAUCCAUACACAGUUUUCAUAUCCUCAUACCAUACUCAAGGAGUUUCAGGUUCCGGGAAAUUUCAAAUUUACAGAUUUCACAUUAACAUCCAAGUAUCUCAACCACUAUCAGUCCUAUUAAAGGCCUGCCACUACAAACGGGGAUCAACUUUCAAUGUAGGGCAAUUACUGCUUGAUCCAAGGAAAGCUGACUGCCAUUAUGGGGUCAAGAAGGGAUUUUUCCCCAGCUUGUUGCAAAUUGGCACCGCUUCAAACUGGGUUUUUCGCCUUCUUUUGGAUCAACCGUUUUGUACUUGGUGGGAACUAGUCACUUAAACUAUGUAAUCUAGUUGUUGAGCCGCUGUUCCUGCUUCCACAGUUUCUUGGGUCUCACAUACUUUCUGUAACGGAUCACCUGACACCCCGACUGGGUACCUCCGUUAAAGGAUGCUCCUAGCGCUUCCUGAGGACUCCAAGCUAUGCAGCAGACACCACAACCACCGAACCGGAGAAACAAAUAAAUUCUCCCAAGCAUAUGAAUGCUGUAGACAGUUGAAUAGGAACCAUACGAAUAGGUUUACUCUCCUAGCAGUCAAACUGGAACAGCAUACAAUAAAUCCUUCCCCCAAUAAUGAGACGACACUUCACUUUGAGGGUUAAAACAGGAACUCCCUGUACUGUCAUAUACAGUCUCUUUUAUUCCCAAUCCACAAACAUAGUACAGCCCACAGGGCGUUACAAAACAACCAAUCAAUCCGUACAAUACACCCAGACACUCCCACACAAAAUCCUCCCCUCUGCAUGUCAUAUGAUUACUGAACACAAUGGGUAAUCUCAUUAUCACCGGCAGAGGAAUACAGUUUUUACACAAUAUUUAUAACUUCUAAAAUAUAAAUGUCACAAACAUAAAACAUACAUUUUCAUAAUCAAUCCAUUCAGGGGAACAACAUAUUAAAAAAUGGCACGAAUCAGACCAGGGGUUCAAAAGUUAAGGGAAAGUCCUUUGUGACUAAAUGAAGCAUGGCUUUCUGGCCCAAACCAGUUUCAGAGUCUUCUAUCCUGGAGAUAAGUAAUUCAAUUAUCUCCCAGGACAGACACAAGACUCCAUUAAGCACAUGGUUGCAAAAGACACAAAACACUUUAAAAUACAUAAAGUCACCUUUUAUACAUAAAACACAGACAUGUCACAUAUCCCCAGAUAGCUGGGAUCUGAGCGCACAAAACUACCGAAUAGCGCUCAGAUCCUAUUCACACAGUUCAAUUGCCAUGGAGCCGAAGUCUUUAACUACACGAAUGGGCUCCAUGGCAUAGCUAUCUGGGUUAACACAUUCACAUAAAGUCUGGUCCAUAGUCCAAAGGCAAGAGGCGGGCAAGUAGCCCCCUCCAAGGACACAUGGCGAGGCCGGUUUUGCCACACUUUCCCACAGCCACCACGUCCUUCUUGCAGCAUUAUCUCAGGAAGUCUCACCUAUUCAUGCAGUCUAUUGUUUACCUUCUGCACCCCCACACUUAGUCUACCCUAGGGGGCCAACAUGUUUACCAUACCUUACUUCCCCUUGCAUAACGAAGAGUGCCGGUUAAAGCACUGGGCAACUAUUUCCUCGCUCGGCAUUUACCAUAAAGCUAGGCAAUUAGGUUUUGUUGAUUGUUUUUUGUUUCUGACAGGUAUCCAAUUUUUGCCCUCUUUUAUUACAGGCCUACCACGACGUCGGUUCCGGCACACCUCAACCAACUCAUUUUCCUUUUAAUUCCUAUACGGCCUUAUUUGCCCCUCACACAAAUGUAAAGGCUUGGUCUGCAGUUGUGGGAGGGGAAUGUUACCCUAUUUAAACCCCCCUACUCACCUUCCUCCGUCCCGUACAUUUUUUAGCGACUUGCAUGUCCCCACCCUCCACUCCCUCUACCUAUCCUUUCACUACCUCAUGGGUGGGCCCUCUUUUAUUACAGGCCUACCACGACGUUGGUUCCGGCACACCUCAACCGACUCAAUUUCCUUUUAAUUCCUAUACGGCCUUAUUUGCCCCUCACACAACCAUAAUUCUCUGCGUACUGAUUUGGUAUGUCUUACUCAUGUCGGUUUGGAUACAUUUAAUAUGGGGUUCCAAUCAAUAAUGACACAGGCGCUGGCUUUGGGGGGCACGUCCCCCUCCCUCUAGUAGGGGUGGGGUCUGCGGUGGCAGGAUUCCUGCACUAGCAAGUUUGGUAAAUGAUUAAUGCCCGGAUGGGCUUGGGGAGUCGCAACCUGAAUUUGGUUGAUGAUGAAAGACAGACUGAGGCUCUGGAAGAAGUUUAAAGUGUGCCUGUCUGCUGGGUAACGCCAGCAGCUGACAGUAUUUGGCUGUGUUGGUUUAAAUAAAGCUGUGGCUGUUGCCCUUACCCACGUUACAUGGUGUAGGGUUACUUAUUGUGAAUGGAAUGGUUACGGGAUCGAAGGAGUCAGCAGUCAAUGGUUUUCCAUUAGUUUUUCAAUUUGUUUUGUUAGAAGUGAAAGUGAAACUGAAAUGAUUUGGGAUUCUGUGAAACCGCUUCAUUUCCGAGAACUGACUGUAACGUGGGUCUCCUGUUAUCCUUCCAAACUGAAUGUAAACUGGAUCUUCAAGGCAGAGCUUGUAUUUAUUCUGUAUUUUCUUACACAUCCUUUCACUCCCUCACAUCUUAUUGUUCAAUGUUUAACCCUUAGAGAACCCCUUCUCCACGUUAACCAAUCCUUAACCCCUGCAGUUACCCUUCUCACUAUGAAGGGAUAUUUAACCCCUGUCAUCUCUCUAUCAAGGGAUAUUUAACCCCUGCAGUCACCCUUCUCCCUAUCAAGUGAUAAUUAACCCCUGCAGUUACCCUUCUCACUAUCAAGGAUUAUUUAACCCUUCUCCUUUAUCCAGUUAUAUUUAACCCUUCUCCUUUAUCCAGUUAUAUUUAACCCUUCUCCCUAUCAAGGGUUAUUUAAACCCUGCAGUUACCCUUCUCACUAUCAAGGAAUAAUUAACCCCUGCAGUCACCAUUCUCCCUAUCCAGUUAUAUUUAACCCCUGCAGUCACCCUUCUCCCUAUCAAGUGAUAUUUAACCCCUGCAGGUACCCAUCUCACUAUCAAGGAAUAAUUAACCCCUGCAGUCACCAUUCUCCCUAUCCAGUUAUAUUUAACCCCUGCAGUCACCCUUCUCCCUAUCAAGUGAUAUUUAACCCCUUCAGGUACCCAUCUCGCUAUCAAGGGAUAUUUAACCCCUGCAGUUACCCAUCUCGCUAUCAAGGGAUAUUUAACCCCUGCAGUUACCCAUCUCGCUAUCCAGUGAUAUUUAACCCCUGCAGUCACCCAUCUCGCUAUCAAGGGAUAACUCCUGCAGUCACUCAUCUCCCUAUCAAGGAAUAUUGGUCCCCUGCAGUCACCCUCCUCUCUAUCAAGGGAUAUUUAACCCCUGCUGUCACCCAUCUCCCUAUCAAGGGAUAUUUAUCCCCUUCAGUUACCCUCCUCUCUAUCAAGGGAUAUUUAAGCCCUGCAGUUACCCUUCUCCCUAUCAAGUGAUAUUUAACCCCUGCAGUUACCCUUUUCCCUAUCUAGUGAUAUUUAACCCCUGCAGUCACCCUUCUCCCUAUCAAGUGAUAUUUAACCCCUGCAGUCACCCAUCUCUCUAUCGAGGAAUAUUUAACCCCUGCAGUUACCCAUCUCCCUAUCAAGUGAUAUUUAACCCCUGCAGUUACCCUUCUCCCUAUCCAGUGAUAUUUAACCCCUGCAGUUACCAAUCUUCCUAUCAAGUGAUAUUAACCCCUGCAGUUACCCAUCUCACUAUCAUUGAUAUUUAACCCCUGCAGUCACCCUUCUCUCUACCAAGGGAUAUUUGGUAAAGUUUGGUAAAUGAUUAAUGCCCGGAUGGGCUUGGGGAGUCGCAGCCUGAAUUUGGUUGAUGAUGAAGGACAGACUGAGGCUCUGGAAGAAGUUUAAAGUGUGCCUGUCUGCUGGGUAACGCCAGCAGCUGACAGUAUUUGGCUGUGUUGGUUUAAAUAAAGCUGUGGCUGUUGCCCUUACCCACGUUACAUGGUGUUGGGUUACUUAUUGUGAAUGGAAUGGUUACGGGAUCGAAGGAGUCAGCAGUCAAUGGUUUUCCAUUAGUUUUUCAAUUUGUUUUGUUAGAAGUGAAAGUGAAACUGAAAUGAUUUGAGAUUCUGUGAAAUCGCUUCAUUUCCGAGAACUGACUGUAACGUGGGUCUCCUGUUAUCCUUCCAAACUGAAUGUAAACCGGACCUUCAAGGCAGAGCUUGUAUUUAUUCUGUAUUUUCUUAGUGAAUUGAAAAUAAAUCUCCAUUAGAGGAAAACUGUAUUUCCUGGCGAUUCUACAUGGCAGUAAAAACGUACACAUCCUUUCACUCCCUCACAUCUUAGUGUUCAAUGUUUAACCCUUAGAGAACCCCUUCUCCACAUUAACCAAUCCUUAACCCCUGCAGUUACCCUUCUCUCUAUCGAGGGAUAUUUAACCCCUGCAGUUACCCAUCUCGCUAUCAAGGGAUUUUUAACCCCUGCAGUUACCCAUCUCGCUAUCAAGGGAUUUUUAACCCCUGCAGUCACCCUUCUCUCUAUUGAGGGAUAUUUAAUCCCUGCAGUCACCCUUCUCUCUAUCAAAGGGAUAUUUAACCCCUGCAGUCACCCUUCUCUCUAUUGAGGGAUAUUUAACCCGUGCAGUUACCCAUCUCGCUAUCAAGGGAUAUUUUAACCCCUGCAGUCACCCAUCUUGCUAUCAAGGGAUAUUUAAUCCAUGCAGUCACCCUUCUCUCUAUUGAGGGAUAUUUAACCCCUGCAGUCACCCUUCAAUCUAUCGAUGAAUAUUUAACCCCUGCAGUCACCCUUCUCUCUUUCGAGCGAUAUUUAACCCCUGCAGUCACCCUUCUCUUUAUCGAAGGGAUAUUUAACCCCUGCAGUCACCCUUCUCUCUAUCGAGGGAUAUUUAACCCCUGCAGUUACCCUUCUCCCUAUACAGUGAUAAUUAACCCCUGCAGUUACCCAGCUCGCUAUCAAGGGAUAUUUAACCCCUGCAGUCACCCUUCUGUCUAUCGAGGGAUAUUUAAUCCCUGCAGUCACCCUUCUCUCUAUCAAAGGGAUAUUUAAUCCCUGCUGUCACCCUUCUCUCUAUCGAGGGAUAUUUAAUCCCUGCAGUCACCCUUCUCUCUAUCGACGGUUAUUUAAUCCCUGCAGUCACCCUUCUCUCUAUCGAGGGAUAUUUAACCCCUGCAGUUACCCAUCUCGCUAUCAAGUGAUAUAUAACCCCUGCAGUUACCCAUCUCGCUAUCAAGGGAUUUUUAACCCCUGCAGUCACCCUUCUCUCUACUGAGGGAUAUUUAACCCCUGCAGUUACCCAUCUCGCUAUCAAGGGAUAUUUUAACCCCUGCAGUCACCCAUCUUGCUAUCAAGGGAUAUUUAAUCCAUGCAGUCACCCUUCUCUCUAUUGAGGGAUAUUUAACCCCUGCAGUCACCCUUCUCUCUAUCGAGGAAUAUUUAACCCCUGCAGUCACCCUUCUCUCUAUCGAGCGAUAUUUAACCCCUGCAGUCACCCUUCUCUUUAUCGAGGGAUAUUUAACCCCUGCAGUUACCCUUCUCCCUAUACAGUGAUAAUUAACCCCUGCAGUUACCCAGCUCGCUAUCAAGGGAUAUUUAACCCCUGCAGUCACCCUUCUCUCUAUCAAAAGGGAUAUUUAAUCACUGCAGUCACCCUUCUCUCUAUCAAAAGGGAUAUUUAAUCCCUGCAGUCACCCUUCUCUCUAUCGAGGGAUAUUUAAUCCCUGCAGUCACCCUUCUCUCUAUCGAGGGAUAUUUAAUCCCUGCAGUCACCCUUCUCUCUAUCGAGGGAUAUUUAAUCCCUGCAGUCACCCUUCUCUCUAUCGAGGGAUAUUUAACCUCUGUAGACUACUUUUUCCCCAUUUACUCAUCUUGGUAUUUCGAGAAAUAUUUGAGGAUUGGGAAGGGGUGAGGGAAUUCACAAAGAAGCUCAGUUAGUUAGGGCGACAUCCCCUGCUAAAUGAUGCCGUCAGUGGCAGAACUACCGCGGUUGCAGCGGUCGCAGCUGUUAGUUGUUCUGCAAAUAUCUCACAGCUCUAAUCCAUAUCUAGUAAUAAUAGGUUUAUAUUUAUUCAGAUAUUGUGAGCUCUCCAUCUUCUCUUCAUAUUCUGCCAUUCACUUCUCACCAUCAGCAUCCUUUCUGUAUUUCUAAACUAAUUUCACCCUUUCGCCCCUUUAAUGUUUUUCUACAAUUUUCUGAUUUUCUUUUUCAGUGUAAUUUUCAAUGGCGUAGAUCUUAUUGAAUCCCUUGUCUUGGAAGGUUGUGCGCAGUGCGGUCAGACCGCCGUGGGAUUUAUGGGAGAGAUCCCUAAGGUAAAAAACGGUAAGUAAACAGAAAGAUAGUAAAAUGAGCAGAGUAAGGCAAGAAAGAAGAUUCAUUUUCUUAUUAAUAAAUGGACAUAAAAAACAUGUUCAGACUCUGAUUGUUAAGCUGAUGGCAGUUCUAAUAUUCAAUAAAGUGAUUUUAAUCUAAACUUCUUUGUCUCACCAAUCUUUUCUUAUUUGCUAGAAUAGUUCAUUUACUAGAUCCAGAGUUUAAUAAACAGAAAGAUGAGGCCCUCUGGGAUGAGGUUCUUAGCCUGUUUUUCAUGGUAUUAGCGUGACGGUACAUGUUCAAAUGUAAUUAUAGUCCCCUUCUUUUAUUCUAACGUAACGUAUAGCAAAAUAAACUCACAAAACACCUUCACUGGACUCUUCCCAGUUAUAUGAAGGUCUCUAUUGCAGUGGGAAAGGUGCUGCCAUAACACUAACCAUAUACCUGGUGUAUAUUAUUUAACUACACAUGUUGUGUUCACUGUAAUUGACCGGUUUCUCUUGAAACAAGGGCUGCCCAGUCGAUAGCUUUAAACAUUUAGUAAAUAUUCCCCUGAUGGCAGUGUGGGCAUAAUAGGAUAAAAUCCCUCCAUAAUAGUAAUAUAGGGGUUUUAGUGAGCCUCAUAGGAUUUUUAGAUGACAUAGUUACACAGUUACACAGUUACACAGUUACAUAGUUACAUAGUUACACAGUUACACAGUUACACAGUUACACAGUUACAUAGUUACACAGUUACAUAGUUACACAGUUACAUAGUUACAUAGCUGAAAAGAGACUUGCAUCCAUCAAGUUCAGCCUUCCUCACACCUGUUUUUGCUGUUGAUCCAAAUAUAUUAAUUUAUUAUUAUUUUUUAAACUUAAUGUGGCUUCUGAGGGAUUUUAAUUAUUUGCCUGCUCUUUGAUAGCACUGAUUUUUUAUAUCUGGGUCAGGAUUUGAAGCAUCCUGCACCCGAUUCGCAGAAUUCUGUCGGUAGCUUUCUGGCAGCGAUUGGCACGAUGUAAUCCAGAACAAGUUCAGGGGCUCUUGGGGUAUGAUUCACAAAAUCCAGACAUUGGUAAAUUCCUUGGUCGAUGUCCAGAUUUUGCUAUCCGAAUGGCUAUGUACGUCAAUGCAUAACCUCGUCAGUCUUACCUGGCUGGAGAGGGGAGGAAUUGUGGGAGACUUGAACACUAUAUUGUGAGGAAUGAAAACGUGUAUUCCUGAUACUAUGGUCCUAAAAGCACAGUGUAGGCCCCCUACUCCCCAUUACCUUCAGUUUAAUGGUGAGCUCAAAAAAUCAAGAUAGGAUCAGCGCUAAUAAUACCAAUAAUAAAAGUAUAUAUGAUAGUGUAAAGGCAGCACACCUAAAAAGGGGAAAUACCCUCCUAUCCCCUACAAUAAAUUAGAACAUAAAAACAAAAAGAAAGGGCGCGCCUUUAAUGCCGUAUAUAUUGAAGGGAGUACACACCGUAAUAUUUAGAUAAAAGGGAAAGUAAAAAAUAAAUAAAUAAUACAAUAUAUAAAAUAUAUAUAAAAUAUAUAUAAUGUAACGGACCGUUUUGCCCACAAGAGGUUAAAAACCGUUUAGGCGAUAUUCCCCUUUCAGAUGCACAGGCAGCUACUGCAAUCACCAAUCUCCCGAACUGCAAACUACACGAAUUCUCCAACUCCCGAACAGGAAACUCACGAAUACUGGAAACAGCUGAACAGGAAAAAUCAUACGAAAGGGUUACACUCCUGGCAGUCAGCAUACAAUCCAAUUCCCCCAAUAACGAGACGACACUUCGUUUGAGGGUUAAGCAGAAUCUGUUUACUGGCACCAAAAAAACCUGCUUUUAUGCAGGUUUCCCUUAGAUAGGACCACCCACAGGGUUUUACAAAACAACCAAUAAACACAUACAAUACACUCAGACACUCCCACACAAAUUCCUCCCCUUUGCCUGUGAUUCAAUUACCUUACACAAUGGGUAAUGUAAUUUAGCACAAGCAGAGAAAUACAAUUUUUCCACAUUAUUCAUAACUUGAAAAGUAUGCAUUACAUUCACAUAAAUACAUUUUCAGAAUCAGCAUACUCCAAAUACAAACAUACGUCAAAAUCAUACAAAUUAGUCCAGUGGUUCAAAAGAUAGAUCGUAGUCCUUUGUGACCACAGGAAGCAUGGCUUUUCUGCCCAAAACCAGUUCCACAGAGUCUUCUAUAAAGGAGAUAAUUGUGAAGUCUGUCUUUGGAGAUAAUCGGAUUCAAUUAUGUCCAAAGACAGAGGCAAAACUCCAUUGAACACAUGGCAGCAAAAAGACAGUAAAAUACAAUAAAAUACACAAGGUUACAUUUAUGACAUAAAAUACAGACAUGCAACAUAUGCCCAGAUAGCUUAGGUCUGAGCGCACAUUAUUACUGAAUGGCGCUCAGAGCACACACAUACAGUUCAACUGCCAUGGAGCCAAAGUCUUUCCCAUAGUCUUUCAUUAUACGAAUGGGCUCCAUGGCAUAGCUAUCUGGGGUAUCACUGCUCAAACAGGGCAAGCACCAAAUGACCCGGCUUUCUUGUCUUUGCAGGGGAAAAUCAAGCCUUUUAACAUGGGGCCAUAAUCCAAAGGCAACAGGCGAGCAACCAGGCUUCUCCAAUGCAAUGUGGCGAGAUUGCUCUCGUCACAGAGCCAAAGUCUUUUCCAUAGUCUUUCAUUAUACGAAUGGGCUCCAUGGCAUAGCUAUCUGAGGUAUCACAGCUCAAACAGGGCAAGCACCGAAUGACCCGGCUUUCAUGUCUUCGCAGGGGAAAAUCAAGCGUUUCAACAUGGGGGCAUAGUCUAAAGGUAGCAUGUGGGCAACCAGGCUUCUCCAGUGCAUAGUGGCGAGGUUGGUUCUGCCACAUAUAAUAUAUAGUGUUCUAUAUAAAAUUAUAAGUCCAAGGUAAUAGUCCACAGUGAACGAAGAGGAUUCUUGUGUAUCAAUAAAGGUUCUUCCCAAUGGAGACUUGGAUUCUCAAUAAGCCAUAUGUGGAGAGAAAUAAAGAGAGGAUCCAAUAUGUCAGUAUAUAUAUAAAUAUAUAUAUAAAAUUAUAUAAUGUACUCACAAUUUCCAGAGCUAAAAUCCAGCUCUGGUAUGAAGCGCGUGAAGUGGAUUGAUCCCCACUCAAGGAUAUAUGGAGUAGUAAUUCACCAGGAGUUCCAACCGGAAAUAAAAGGAAUGAAAUAUAUAGUGCUCACUGAAUAACUGGAGUAUGGUUAAAAGAAAGUAUGAAAUGUACUCACAAUAUGCUGAGCAGAAUUCACUGCUCAGAUAGUAGCGUAUGGGUGAUAUAAUCCCCACCUAGGGAUUCUUUGGCGUUCCUUAAAAUGGUGUAGAUCCAAGCAGUCAGGUUAUAGAUGAUUAAAAUAAAAAUAAGAAUAAAAUAGGAAUGUGGCUACAACAAAUAUUAUUUUUGAGGCCAAAAUUCCUUUAUUACAAUAGUAUAAAACAAAUAAGAUAAAAUUCUAGAUGCGUUUCGUCACAAUAGGCUUUGUGACAGAACCAUCUGUCUGCUUGUAUUUGGGAUGUAUUCGUCUGUUUGUAUUCCGUUCGUAUGAAUGGCUGUUUUCUAUAGCCCAGCCAUUCGAAUGACUUUUUUCCCGAACAAACCUGCCGAACGGACGGCCACCCAGGAGAGAAGUGUGCUGCUGGUUAACCUAUUGAUCCCAAUUAGAACGUUGUGGUUAACCGCAGACAAUUCUCAAUUAAACCGAAUUCAGGGUGGUCGUCGUUCGUAUUUCGACCACGAGGCAGCGGCCAUUUUAAACCACGCGAAAGCCCAGCGGUGUUUGGCUCUAUUUCUAUGUUACUAAAAACGGACACUUUUUCUGCCGAACACCGCUGAAACAACGGAACGCCUGGCUGUCUCCACGAAAGCAUACGAAUACCGGCCGUUCAGGAGGUUUGAAGCAUACGAAAAGACUUAACCCAGAUAGCCUUCCCAUGGAGUCAUUCGUAUACCGAAAGACUGUAAGAACUUUGACUCCAUGGCGAUUGAACUAUGUCUGUGGGAUCUGAGCGCUAUUCGCUAAUAAUAUGCACUCAGAUCCAGGCUAUCUGGGGAUAUGUAAUGCGAAUGGGAAAUGUUCGCUUUUUGUGAAGUUAUGUAUUUUAUGUCUUUUAUGAUUUUAUAUUUAAGAUGGCGACUGGCUUUGUCCUGGAGAUAAUUGAGUUACUUGGUAAUUAUCUCCAGGGCAGAGGGGAGGGAAUCAUAAUGCACUGUGGGUAAAAUCUGUGACUGUGUGUCUGGAAUGUCCCCAUAUCUGUCUGUCAUUUAAGUCUCCCAUUUGGUCCCCUAGGGGAGUGUCCACCAAGUGGGAGACCUGCAUAAAUACGGGCAGGUAGCCCACAGUAAAGCCAGAUCCUAUUUGACCCUCAAUACUAAACGGCGGUUUUGCCUAAAGACAUUGGAGGUGUCUUAACAGGCUUCUUCAAGUAGAAUAUAAUCAAAAGACAUAAACCUUGACAUGCAAUUUCUUAUAUAGGAUACAUUGAUUGAAUUGGAAUUGGAAUAUUCCCGCCAAAAUAUGUAAUUUUGAACCUUUAUUGAUACACAAGAAUCCUCGUCGUUCACUGUGGACUAUUACCUUGGACUCGCAAUGUUUUAUAGAACACUAUAUAUUAUAUAUAUUUUAUAUAUUUUUAUAUAUUGUAUUAUUUUUUUUUUUUUUACUUUCCCUUUUAUCUAAAUAUUACAGUAUGUAUUCCCUUCGAUAUAUACGGCAUUAAAGGCGCGCCCUUUCUUUUUGUUUUUAUGUUCUAAUGGUGAGCUCAGCAUGUAGAUUUUUUUUUUUAAUUUUCACUCUUUUUUUUUUCCUGGAUCUUUGAAGAAACAGCUCAGGGUAUCCGUUAGUUAAAUGUUAACUAGGAGUACGUUUAAAAAACAAUCAAAAUCUCUUUCACUUUCCAUUUGAGUGGCUGCAGGUUCUUAUUACGCUCGCUCAGUGCAUUUAACAGUUACUCAGUCGCAGGACUAAGACACGUCUAGGUAUGUAAAGUGUGGCUGUGUAUAUACGUAUAUAUCUGUAUAUGUGGGAUGUAUAUAAGUGGUUUUAUCACUACUAUAGUAAUGUUAGUGUAUAAUAGGGAUAUGUAUACGUGUGUAUCUCUGUUUAAUGCAUUAUUUAGCUAUUAGAUCUAUGUAUUCACCAAAUUAUAUUAUAUUGUUCUACUUAAACCAGGUACCAGUCAGUGUCUGUGUGUUGCAGUGUUUACAUAGAUAGCUGGAUUUAUAUGAUAUCUGUAUAUAUCACGGUAUUUGCUGUGAGGCUCUUACUGAGUUCUACCCAGAGAAUACAUUGUAGAUCCACCAUGGAAGGAGUGGGACAUCGCAAGGAUCACAGGAUCGCCAGCAGGGGGGUAGUAGAAAAUCUACUUUAUCUGAAAUAAAAUGAAAUAUAUAUAUACAAACAGUUCGUACACGUUUCUUCCAUUGCAAGGGACUUCCUCAGGGACCAAAUCAAAUGUUUAUUUUGUUCUGAUAUAGGUGGAUCCGAUUCCCCAAUUUUUUUUAUAUACAUUGUCUUAGAAGGCAGUUUGCUGGACACUUUUGGGGGAGGCUGUUUUCAUAAAUACCCACACCAGAUUAGUAUUUAUUGGUGGAGGGAUUUAUUUGUACAUAUCUAUUUUUUUCUGUGCACCACAGUUAAAGGACCUGGUUAAAACACAGGAUGUGCUCAGCAUUCCAGAACACUGCUUCUAGCAGCCUUCCUCCUGGGAACAUUCAGAGUAUUUAUAUAUAACAUAUACACAUAGAAAUAUGCAUGUGUACACCCAUACAAUGCCAGAUUAGCUUCAUAGAACAUAACAUUGAAAACACUGACAGGUAAAAUAAUGGAGAUUUAGUUACGAGAUAAGAUCAUAUUUUGCAUUAACCACAGUAAGGCAGACCUUAUAAGGUUCUACACUAUAACCUGCUAGAUCCUGCUCUCUGAUUAACCCACUGACACAGGACGUCCGUUCUCUGGGGCUCUCAGCUGUUAAAGGUUCAAACAGAGUAUGCAGGGCGGUACCCGUGACAAGAUGUGGUGUAAAACCAGAAUUCUAGUCACACUCCUUUAUAACGUAUGUAGUCACUCCCCCUGUCACACUUCAUACAACAUAGACUGUUUUUAUUUUGUUGUUUUUGUGAUAAUUAUCAAUCAAUUAACAAAACAUAUCAAACAUUCCGAAAAACACAGAAUAUUUUAUUAAAAUUCAAAAUAAAAAGCAAACUAGACAUUUAUAGAUUGCAGGCGUAAUUAUCCCUGGGAGAUUCACAGUUUGGCUGCAGCGACAUCAGCUAGUUAUUCCGAGUAUCUGACAGCUUUGCAAAUGAGAAUCCAACAAAGUUUGCCGGUUCUUCUUGUUAAAUGACUUUGUUCAGUCUGGUUGGGCGGGUACUGCUUAAGAAUAUGCAAUUUACAAGUCUUAUCACCCAUUUUCCAUUGGAUUGAGGCUUUCUAUAAGGCACCCAUACAAUGAAAAUGCCUCAAUGGGGCCAAGUCCAAGUCUUUGAUGUGAAGUGGAUUAGCCGGGAGAGAUGUCUUCUUUUGGCUGCCACCUCAUCAGAGUCUUCUUUUCUUUAAAAGUGGAACCGUGUGAAAAUGAACAAUUUCUGAACGCAUUGUAUAUUUGCAGAUUUACUAAAGUCAAAUAGGGUCUGCAUUCGGUUCGUUCUGACCGAUUCUGCCUCAUUCGUUCGUGUUUGUAAAAAUCAUUAAUAUCUGCAUGCGAACCAAUAUAAAACAUAGGAAUCGAAAAUGUAUCAAUGACCACAGAAUACACAUUAAAAAGUACAAAAUAAUAAAAAACAAUAAAUAUCCACCGUUUUGCUUGUGUCAGGUGAAGGCAUAUCGACUAAAUGUUCUAAACUAGUGACAGGGCAGCCAUUGCUAACCAGUUGUUAGAGAAGUGUGUCGAUGUGCUGUGAGCUCUCUGACUGUAGUUAUGGCACCAUUUACAAUGUAAAUCUAUUUGCAAUUGUGCUAGGCAUUUAUACACGAUUGCUGAAUGUGGUUGUGUAGCCUGGCAGUCGUGUAUACAUAAGUGUCGGUUUGAAGGGGUUAUUUGAAACAAAAAUUAAAAUUUUGGUUGGACUUUUAAGAAAUCAUUUACCAAAUAAUAAAGUUACAGAUAAGAAAACAAUGUCAGACAUUUUCCCCGCAUAGUCUAUAAUCAUUUACAUAUACAUUAUCAUAUAUGUUUUUUUAGGCAGGUUUCGUCCCCUCUGCCUAUACCUCUGCAGUUUGCAUCUUAGCACACAGAUACACGCUGGCAGCUUGAAUCUUGGUACAGGGAUACACAUACUGGCAACUACACACACAGAUACACAUACACUGGCACAAUAAUACACACAUUGACGCAUACACACACACUGACAGAUACACGGACACUUAAACAGGCACACGCACACAUUGACAGAUACACUUACACACAAACACAUAGAUACACACACUGGCAUACGCACACCUUGACACACAGAUACACAAACUGGCACAGGUACACACACACACAGGCACAUGUGUUUAUAUUUGCAGUCAUCCUCCUGUUAACACAGUAAAGGAGUUUAAGCAUGCGUGGGAUAGGCAUAAGGCUAUCCUAACUAUAAGAUAAGGCCAGGGACUAAUGAAAGUAUUUAGAAAAUUGGGCAGACUAGAUGGGCCGAAUGGUUCUUAUCUGCCGUCACAUUCUAUGUUUCUAUGUUUCUAUGUUUCUAUGUUUCUGUUCAUUUACCUUUAUUCUUCAGCAGUGUAACUUUCUUCAGUGCUGAAGGCUGCUGGCUGAGGAUGGUGUGCCAGGUGGUCCAUACCUGUUCCUUACUCUCUCCUUCCAGCCUGCGUUCUAUCAGGCGCUUUCUGUCUGGGAGGAAUUUAUGUCACUUCCUCCCAGCAUCCCACACUACAAGGGCCUGGUUGCAGACCAUCGGGUGGCCCUAGAGCAAAUCACAGCGAAACCCCAAAAUUGGGAAACGCUGGGCUAGAGGGAUCGUGCAGCCAGCCAACACUCUGUCACUGGGAUCCCUAAAAAUCCACAAAGGACAUAAAGUUCCAAAUAGAACUAACGUAAUACUUUAUUUUUUACAGCGGCGGGGGAGACCUAAUGCGCAUGCGCGGCAAUGCCGCGCACGCGCAUUAGACCUCUCCAUAUGCUUUCCUAUGGGGAUUUUAGCGACGCUGGAGGUCCUCACACACAGAAAACCUGUGAAGCAGGAAGUGCCCUCUAGUGGCUGUCUAGUAGAGUGCCCUCUAGUGGCUGUCUAGUAGACAGCCAUUAGAGGAGGCGUUAACCCUGCAAGGUAAUUAUUGCCGUUUACGAAAACUGCAAUAAUUACACUUGCAGGGUUAAGGGUAGUGGGAGUUGGCACCCAGACCACUCCAUUGGGCAGAAGUGGUCUGGGUGCCUGGAGUGUCCCUUUAAUAUCACAUUAUUAACAAGUAUGUUCAUACUGCUAUGAUGUUAAAUGAUAUCUUAAUUUUACAUUGGUCUAGCAAGACUCCCUCCACAUAACCUAAUCUCUAGCUUCUCUGUUUCCGCUUUGUAAUAUUUGUUCUUAGUCCACAGGUUUCAUCUUUUAUCUCUUAUCAUAGUCCAGGGUCGAGUUUUACUUCUCCCUAUUUGGGAUCUUGUCUCUAUUUUCCUUACAUGGAUUUGUUUUAACUUAACUAAAUUGUUUUCAUGAACGUCUACAGUAAUUAGGAAGGUAAACUAUUCAGUAACCAGUGCGCCAAGAUUUCUGACUACACAUUCAUUUUAUUAGUAGCUCCAAAGUAGAGUUCCUCAUUCAUGCGGACAUCUGUGUAACCCACAUUGACAGGGGGAAGGGUGACAGCCUGUUUUCCACUUUGCAGAAGAGGUUGUAUUGUGUCUGGGCCUCCGGAAAUGUCAACAGGCGGCCCCUGUCUAAGACCUGGUACGCAUGGUGCAUUCUGUGUUUGGCUCAUGUGGAAUGUCGGGAUUAGGAUCACUGAGGGUCUGAGUGUUGGGCAGUAAGGAGGUGAUGGGCGGCCUGGAUCUCCCUGGCACCCACAACAUGACUCUAAGCUCCCUAGGGCACUACCAGUGGGAUUCUAUCUCUACCCAUUGGUAAAUCGCAUAUUUUAAUAUUAAUGUCCUGGAAGAUGUACUCUCCCUCUCUGACAGAGCUUUCCUUUUCAAUGUGCUUUAAUGGAUAUCUUGAAAGACACAGCUCUGAUCAGACUUUACCACAUUCUGUCUCUUUGUUUUGUGUUGUUUUCUUAGGUAGAGAAUAAUAGAAACAGUCUCCAUAAUCAGAUCUUUCCAGCUGAUCAAUACCUGAAUACUGCUGCAUCCAAGAUGAGUAUUGAUGAAUACAGACAGACAAUCAUUAAUUACAGCCUGGAUAAAUGUAAACAUGGGAAUCAGGGCUUCAAACGAGUUCUCUUGCAGCUGUUCGGUUUACCAGGUAACGGCAAGUCAUCCUUCAUCAACUCCUGUAAGUUUGUCCUGGAUGGAGUUUACAGAGAAUUUGCAGAAGCAAGGGCAUCGGAUGGUGGAUGUACUACAAGGAGAGUGGCCUUUGAGCUCACCAAUGUUAUAAUGAUGGUUGAUAAUCGUGGCUGUCCAACACUCAACAAAUACGAGACAGGAGAGAUUUUUGCCCAACUUGGUAAGUUAACAAUGUCUAAUAAAAGCAAUAAUUGUAGAUACACUGACAGAUACCUAUAAUAAAGCCAUUUUGAAACAACGCUGGAAAAGCGAGUCAACUGAGUAAGUGUUAAUUCAUCAUUAUCAAUGUGGCCGAGAAGGGGGCUUUAUAAAAUGUACAUGAACAGUACUGUAAUUGACACCUCAUGGUUCUACAGGCAUCAUUCCACUAACUGAAAGCACAGAGCACUAUAAAGGUUGACAAUGAAGGUUGGGUAAUAGGCAAUCAAUUAGAUUAGGUGGAGUUUGAUUAAAUAAAACUAGGCUAGGAUGGUGAGAUGAACAAUUCCUUCCCACCUCAUGACACGUGAUCUCAAAGUGAAGGGUCUGGGUAUCCCAGGGUAAAGCCCCUUAUAAAAUAGUUCAUGGUAUUUUAAAAUGUAGGUCUAGUUUGCUCCAUCACUACCAUGUUUGUCAGAUAAAGUCUGUCCAUUCACACCAGGUAAGUCAGACAGCUCUGUAUUAUUCAGUAAGAGGCUCGAUGGACCUUUUGUAUCUUGCUGAUCAAAUUCAUAUAAAUGAAAGUGAGAUUUACAUUUUGUCAUUGUGUAAUUUCAGCCAAUUUAUUGCCUCUUAAUAAGACUGUGACAUGGUGUGAAGAUUAUUUAGUGAAUGUAGAUCGAUUGAUGGAAGCAGAUAAAACGGCCGAUGACAAGGAUUUUAUUGUCCCGAUCUUUGUGCACAGGUCAGUAAUUAUAGCUUAUUAUGAUCGAUUUUCAUUCUAUGUCUGUUUUGGGAUUCAAAUAGAAGGCAGAGAGUUAUGGGAAAUGUAGUCUAAAAUCAGCAAUGAGGAUCUAGACUGCACAUAGAGUAUAACAAAGAGUUAUCUCUGAUAUAUUUUAUUAAUAGUUUACAUUAAUUUGAGUUGGUACAAAUCUGCUCCAAUAUCUAUCAUUGCUGGUGCUAAUCUGGUGACAGCCAAUUCAAGCACAGUUACACAGUUACAUAGUUACACGGUUACACGGUUACAUAGUUACACAGUUACACAGUUACACAGUUACAUAGUUAUAUAGUUACACAGUUACAUAGUUACAUAGUUACACAGUUACAUAGUUAUAUAGUUACACAGUUACACAGUUACAUAGUUACAUAGUUACACAGUUACACAGUUACACAGUUACAUAGUUACAUAUUUACACAGUUACACAGUUACAUAGUUACACAGUUACACAGUUACAUAGUUACACAGUUACACAGUUACAAAGUUACACAGUUACACAGUUACAUAGUUUCAUAGUUACACAGUUACACAGCUACAUAGUUACAUAGUUACACAGUUACAUAGUUACACAGUUACACAGUUACAUAGUUACACAGUUACACGGUUACACGGUUACAUAGUUACACAGUUACACAGUUACAUAGUUACACAGUUACACAGUUACAUAGUUACAUAGUUAUAUAGUUACACAGUUACAUAGUUACAUAGUUACACAGUUACACAGUUACAUCGUUACACGGUUACACAGUUACACAGUUACAUAGUUACACAGAUACACAGAUACACAGUUACACAGUUACAUAGUUACAUAGUUACACAGUUACACAGUUACAUAGUUACACAGUUACACAGUUACAUAGUUACAUAGUUACACAGUUACACAGUUACAUAGUUACACAGUUACAUAGUUACACAGUUACACAGUUACAUAGUUACACAGUUACACGGUUACACGGUUACAUAGUUACACAGUUACACAGUUACAUAGUUACACAGUUACAUAGUUACAUAGAUACACAGAUACACAGUUACACAGUUACAUAGUUACAUAGUUACACAGUUACACAGUUACACAGUUACAUAGUUACACAGUUACACGGUUACACAGUUACACAGUUACAUAGUUACACAGUUAUACAGCUACAUAGUUACAUAAUUACACAGUUACACAGAUACAUAGUUACACAGUUUCACAGUUACAUAGUAACAUAGUUACACGGUUACAUGGUUACACAGUUAUACAGUUUCACAGUUACAUAGCUACACAGUUACACAGUUACAUAGUUACAUAGUUACACAGUUACACAGUUACAUAGUUACAUAGCUGAAAAGAGACUUGCGUCCAUCAAGUUCAGCCUUCCUCACAUUUGUUUUUGCUGUUGAUCCAAAAGAAGGCAAAAUUACCUAGACUGAAGUGCUUCAAAUUUUGCCACAAACUAGGAAAAAAUUCCUUCUUGACCCCAAAAUAGCAGUCAGAUGUCUCCUUGGAUCAAGCAGCUAUUACCCCACUAAUUAGAAAUUAUAUCCCCGUAUGUUAUGUUUUUGCAAGUAUUUAUCCAAUUGCAGUUUAAACAUCUGUAUGGACUCUGACAAAACCACCUCUACAGGCAGAGAAUUCCAUAUCCUUAUUGCUCUUACUGUAAAAAAAGCCUUUUAUUUGCCUUAGAUGGAAAACCAGACAGCUACUGCCAGCUUGGUCUAGAAGGUAGAUGGGGGUUAGGCUGCCGUGUACCCCAUUUAUGUGAUGUAUAAUAUUUCAGUACGUGUAACGAUAAAACAAAGGUAGUAAACAGCUCACAAUUUAUAAGAUAUAGCAAAACCCAUCUUCAAACCACAAACAAGAAAAAUAACUGGAACUAACUGGAUAUUAAAAUGAAAAGGGAAAGAAAGUGGUAAAAGAAAUACGAUACGUUGGGGUACUGAAGAAUCGAUCUCUUGUUUUAUGUUACGGCCAGAACCUCCCAUUUUGUAUUAUACUGAUAUUAGCAAUUAUUUCACUCCAUUUCUCUGUCUUUCUGUUUCAUUAAUAUAUUUGUGUUUAACUUUUUUUUAGCAUAAAAAAUAAAAUAUCAAGUCAUGAAGCUGAUACAUACAAAAAUAUUCUAAAAACUGCAACAGACCUGACAGGUAAAUAUGCUCAGCCUGAAUUAUUACAGUGGGGAAGAUCAACUUAAAGGGACACUAUAAUCACCAAAACAACUUUAGCUUAAUUAAGUGGUUUUGGUGUAUCGAUAAUGCCUCUGAAGUCUCACUGCUCAAUUCUCUACCAUUUAGGAGUUAAAUCAUUUUUGUUUCUGUGACUGACACAGUCUGCAAGAAUUUUUUUUUAUUAUUUCAAUCAGAUGUAAACUUAUUUAAAAAGUUUUUGUCACCUGCUCUGUAAAUUGAACUUUAAUUACAUACAAGAGGAUCCUGCAGGGUCUAACAAGCUAUUAACAUAGCAGGGAUAAGACAUUCAAAAUUAAACAAUAUUUACAAUAAAGGAAAGUGUAAACAUUAGAUCUCACUUUACAGGAAGUGCUUAGGAAUGCUGUGUAAGUCACCUGCAGGGAGGUGUGAUAAAGACUGCAAAAACAAAGAGAUUUAACUCCUAAAUGGCAGAGAAUUGAACAGUGAAACUGCAAAAGCAUGAUCUAUACACCAAAACCACUUAAUUAAGCUAAAGUUGUUUUGGUGACUACAGUGUCUCUUUAACUCCAAUUUAUCAGAGACCGAUCUGCAGUAUAUUUCAUGUAAACACGUCAUAAAGUGACAAUAAUGAUAAUAAACUGUUCAGCUAGAAAUAUGUUCAGUCCUAAACCUUAGUGUCUCAAACCCUGAAAAAAUAUUCACAAACAUCAAUGCUAACAAAGCUCCAACUGCUGUGAUCCAAGGAGAUAUCUGACUGCAAUUCUGGGGUCAGGAAGGAAUUUUUUCCUAGUUUGUUGCACAAUUGGAAGCACCUCAAACUGGGUUUUCUACCUGUAUUUGGAUCAACAACAAAAACAUAUGUGAGAAAGGCUGAAUUUGAUGGACACAUGUCUCUUUUCAGCCUAUGUAACUAUGUCACUGUUAACAUUGAUGCAAUAUGACCAACAAGGUAGAGAGUUACAUAGUAAUCAAGGUUCGAAGAAAAACCUGAGAUCUAUCAUGUUCAGCCAUUAACACAUCAUCUGCCCUGGUUCCUAAAUACAAAGUUGAAGAAAAAUCAUCCUAAAACUAUUUCCUUUAACCCCUUAAGGACUGGACUGUGUUUGCGAUGUUGUACAUUUGCGACCAGGCAUCUUUUUACACUUUUGUGGUGUUUGUGUUUAGCUGUAAUUUUCCGCUCUCUCAUUUACUGUUCCCACACAAUUUAUAAUUGUUUUUUUCAGGACAAAAGGGGCUUUCUUUACAUACCAUUAUUUAUAUAAUCUCAUGUAAUUUAAUUUUUAAAAAAUGAAAAAAUAUGAUGAAAAAUUUAAUAAAAUACAUGUUUUUUUUUACUUUUACUUGAAAAAUCUUUCUCACUUUUACUCAAAGCGAAUGAAAAAAACUGAUUCAAAAUUUUGUCCUGAGUUUAAAAAUACUCAGUGUUUACAUGCUUUUUUGCUAUUUUUUUGCAUGUUAUAGGGCUAUAAGUACAAGUAGGAUAUUGCUGUUUCAAAACAUACAUUUUUAAAAUUUAUCAAUAGUGACAUUGUAACACUAUUAUCUGUCAUAAAUCUCUUAAUAACACCCCACAUUUACAUAUUUUUUUUUUUAAAGUAGACAACCCAGGGUAUUCAAUACGGGGUAUGUGCAGAUGUUUUUAGUAGCAACUUAGUCGCAAACACUGGCCAAAGUUAGCAUUCAUAUUUGUUUGUGUGUGAAAAAAGUAAAAAACUAAAUUGAAUGCUAAUUUUGGCCAGUGUUUGUGACUAAGUGGUUAUUAAAAGAGACUGGACAUACCCCAUUUGCAAUACAUUGGGUUGUCUUCUUUUGCAAAUGGUAUGCCAUCAUGGGGGUAAUUCUCAUUCAACAUGGCAACAUAACCAACCUGGCCAUUUUCAAUGUAAAAAUAUUUGACCCAUAUAUUUGACCCUGUAACUUUCAAAAACACUAUAAAACCUGUAGAUGGGGGGUACUGUUAUACUCAGGAGACUUUGCUGAACACAAAUAUUAGUGUUUCAAAACUGGAAAACGUAUCACAACAAUUAUAUCAUCAGUAAAAGUGCUGUUUGUGUGUGAAAAAUGCAAAAAAGUCACUUUCACUGACAAUAUCAUCGCUGUCAUAUGUUUUACUGUUUUGAAACACUAAUAUUUGUGUUCAGCAAAGUCUUCCGAGUAAAACAGUACCCCCCAUGUACAGAUAUUAUUUUUACAUUUUUUAAUUUAAUUUAAAUUACUUAUUAUUUGUAUUUUAUUAUAAUAUAUAUAUAUAUAUAUAUAUAUAUAUAUAUAUAUACAAUAUACAUAGAUAUAUACACAAUUUCAUUCUAAGUGUAUUUUGAUAUAUAUAUAUACAAUAUACAUAGAUAUAUACACAAUUUCAUUCUAAGUGUAUUUUGAUAUGUAUAUAUAUAUAUAUAUAUAUAUAUAUAUAUAUAAAUAGCAAAAUACAGUUAAAAUAAAAUUUCAUAUAGACAUAUAAUUUUGUAAAAAUUUUUAUUAUUAUUUUUGCAUUUGUCAUUAAAAUUAAAUUACCGUAUUUAUCGGCGUAUAACACGCACUUUUUCUCCCUGAAAACAGGGGGCAAAUUAUGGGUGCGUGUUAUACGCCGGCCCUUUAAAUGCUGCAGCCGCCUGAGCGCUCUGUCAAGAGCGGUCAGGCGGCUGCAGUUGGUUCUCACCUCCCCUCCCCUGUAGCAUGGCCGAGCUGCUCUGCUGUCCGCGGUGCCCGGCCGGAGUGAUAGGAAGGUGCACGCUCAGUGUGCACCUUCCUGUCAGUCCGACCGGGUACAGGAAACAGUUAUUAUAUAUAUUAUAUAUAUACGUGUGUAAUUUAAUUAUAAGUGUAUUUUUAUAUUAAUAUAUGUACAUAUUAAUAUACAAUACACUUAGUAUGACAUUAUAUAUAUAUAUAUAUAUAUAUAUAAAUUUUAAAUUAACAUUAACUUUAUUUUUUUUUUUUUAUGAUUUUACACUAGCAGGGAGACUGCCUGUCAGCACAGUCCUCCUGCAGGCAGACACAUGGACACCUAUUGUGACUAUGUGAUCGCUGUGUUGAGCGAUCACAUGGCCCCGGGGUCCUAAUCCGGUGUUGGGAGACUGUCUGGGCUGCAGGCAGUCUCCCCACACUGGGAGCACCGCCAAUUGCUGCCGGGGGAACGACGGCGAUUGGGUAAGUAGCUAAGACUGUUAGGACGGUUCAGAACCGUCACCGGUCGGCAAUGGAAAAAUGCUUAUGACUUUCCUCGGUCCUUAAGGGGUUAAAUGAAACUUUACCAAUAUAACAUAAGGCCAGGGACUAAUGAAAGUAUUUAGAAAAUUGGGCAGACUAGAUGGGACGAAUGGUUCUUAUCUGCCGUCACAUUCUAUGUUUCUAUUUAUAAACUACCCCUUGUCUGUGCAGUACAUUUUGUAACAUAUUUCCUCUUAUUUCUAUGACACUAAAACUGCCACGUAUUUUGUUUCUCCAGGUAUCAACCCCCUAGUUAUUCUAACUCAUAAAACCUCCGGCAAUCUAAAUGAGGUGCGUAAAACGUUUGAAGACCUGGGAUCCGAUAAGAUCUACGCUAUUGAAAAUUACACCUCAGAAAAUCACAGAGAAUUGCUGGGAAAACACAAGGAGAUUCUGUCUUUUCUCUGCCAGGUUCUGGAAGAAGUAAAUUUCUGCAUGGAAAAGCAGAGGAAUCCAAAAAGUGAAAGGAAAGACAGGAUGAAGUUUAUUCUUAAAUACAUUAAGGGGGCAGAUGAUGAGAAGAGAAACCAGGAAUUUGAAGAAGAAAGAGAAAGAAUGGCGGAAAGGCAACGAAUGAGUAACGCAAGCAACGAUUCCACGUGCUCCAUCCAGUAAUAAUUGUGGCAGAAAAUUCUCGACUCAAUGUAAAACAUCUAUUGACCAAUAAAGAAUUAGAUUGUGAGCUUUCAGAACCACCCAGGUCUCGUCCUUCAAAAUAAACCAGUUAAAAUAUCCCCAGCCAGUGAAAUAACCAUAAUCACUUCUAGCUUUGAAAAUUCAUUAAUUUUAAACUCCUUAUUAUCAGCAUAAUAAAGCAUCUACUACACUUUGCAGAAAGAUGUCUAAACUAACCCCUACAAUUUCCUACAGAAUGAUUGGUUGUAUUGUGUGUUAUAAAUAUUGCACAUAGCGCCUUGAUAGAAAAAUGUAUACGAAGAAAUAAUAACAGAUAUCUCCAUCUCUGUCUGCAUGUCUAUCUAUCUAUCCAUCCAGUAUCUAUCUAUCUAUCUAUACAGUAUCUAUCUAUCUAUCUAUCUAUCUAUCUAUCUAUCUAUCAAUCCAGUAUCUAUCUAUCUAUCUAUCUAUCUAUACAGUAUCUAUCUAUCUAUACAGUAUCUAUCUAUACUACGGCCCUCAGGCCAAAUCAGUUAGUCGCCUCGCGUUGUGGCAUAGGGAGGGCCUCACCUGUCACUCCCAUUCUAUCUUAUGUUUAGCUGUCACUGAGAGGCCAACACCCCGCCACAACGUUUCAGUGGCCACGUUUUCCCCUCGCGCCAACUCAUAGAUAGAGCCUCUCUCGCCGCUUGGCGUCUAGCAGGGCCUCACCUGUCACCAAACCUAGUUUUUAAUUGCUUCACCUUUUGGCAUUAGCUAGUAUGCCAGCACGCACACUCACACACUUUCACACUCACGCACACAUUGGGUCGCUUAUUGCGCUGUUUUAUUUGUCUCUUUUUCUGGCAGGUCUCCGCUGCUUAGCGAUUAGCAUGGUUUUCUCCGCCUGAGCUCUCUGGCUAGGUCUGAUACUCAUCGCGCUGUGGAGUUUCGGUUACUCCUAAUCUCCUGUAGCUGCUGUCGUUCCCUGCGUUUUAGGGCCCGACCACAGGCUGCCAGCCUUGCAAGCUCAUGGUCGUCAUCUUUUCACAUCUGGCUCUUUUUUCACGCUCGCGGUACAUGUGUUAGGGCCUUCUUCCCCUUUAAGGCUCCUUCUUCGCGUAUACUGAUACUGUAUCUGUUGCUGUGUUGUCUGCAUUGUGGUUUUGCUUCUUUUGCCACCUCUACCUUGCAUCAACUCUACCUAUCCGGUCUACAACUCCACAUGUUGUACAGGUUUACCAUCCAUACACAGUUUUCAUGUCCUCAUACCAUACUCAAGGAGUUUCAGGUUCCAGGAAAUUUCAAAUUUACAGAUUUCACAUUAACAUCCAAGUAUCUCAACCACUAUCAGUCCUAUUAAAGGCCUGCCACUACAAACGGGGAUCAACUUUCAAUGUAGGACAAUAACUGCUUGAUCCAAGGAAAGCUGACUGCCAUUAUGGGGUCAAGAAGGGAUUUUUCCCCAGCUUGUUGCAAAUUGGCACCGCUUCAAACUGGGUUUUUCGCCUUCUUUUGGAUCAACCGUUUUGUACUUGGUGGGAACUAGUCACUUAAACUAUGUAAUCUAGUUGUUGAGCCGCUGUUCCUGCUUCCACAGUUUCUUGGGUCUCACAUACUUUCUGUAACGGAUCACCUGGCACCCCGACUGGGUACCUCCGUUAAAGGAUGCUCCUAGCGCUUCCUGAGGACUCCAAGCACUGCAGCACAACCACCGAACCGGAGAAACAAAUAAAUUCUCCCAAGAAUAUGAAUGCUGUAGACAGUUGAAUAGGAACCAUACGAAUAGGUUUACUCUCCUAGCAGUCAAACUGGAACAGCAUACAAUUAAUCCUUCCCCCAAUAAUGAGAUAACACUUCACUUUGAGGGUUAAAACAGGAACUCCCUGUACUGUCACAUACAGUCUCUUUUAUUCCAAAUCCACAAACAUAGUACAGCCCACAGGGCGUUACAAAACAACCAAUCAAUCCGUACAAUACACCCAGACACUCCCACUCAAAAGUGAUAUGAUUACUGAACACAAUGGGUAAUCUCAUUAUCACCGGCAGAGGAAUACAGUUUUUACACCAUAUUUAUAACUUCUAAAAUAUACAUGUCACAAACAUAAAACAUACAUUUUCAUAAUCAAUCCAUUCAGGGGAACAACAUAUUAGAAAAUGGCACAAAUCAGACCAGGGGUUCAAAAGUUAAGGGAAAGUCCUUUGUGACUAAAUGAAGCAUGGCUUUCCGGCCCAAACCAGUUUCAGAGUCUUCUAUCCUGGAGAUAAUUCAAUUAUCUCCCAGGACAGACACAAGACUCCAUUAAGCACAUGGUUGCAAAAAGACAUAAAACACUUUAAAAUACAUAAAGUCACCUUUUACACAUAAGACACAGACAUUUCACAUAUCCCCAGAUAGCUGGGAUCUGAGCGCACAAAACUACCGAAUAGUGCUCAGAUCCUAUUCACACAAUUCAAUUGCCAUGGAGCCGAAGUCUUUAACUACACGAAUGGGCUCCAUGGCAUAGCUAUCUGGGUUAACACAUUCACAUAAAGUCUGGUCCAUAGUCCAAAGGCAAGAGGCGGGCAAGUAGCCCCCUCCAAGGACACAUGGCGAGGCCGGUUUUGCCACACUUUCCCACAGCCACCACGUCCUUCUUGCAGCAUUAUCUCAGGAAGUCUCACCUAUUCAUGCAGUCUAUUGUUUACCUUCUGCACCCCCACACUUAGUCUACCCUAGGGGGCCAACAUGUUUACCAUACCUUACUUCCCCUUGCAUAACGAAGAGUGCCGGUUAAAGCACUGGGCAACUAUUUCCUCGCUCGGCAUUUACCAUAAAGCUAGGCAAUUAGGUUUUGUUGAUUGUUUUUUGUUUCUGACAGGUAUCCAAUUUUUGCCCUCUUUUAUUACAGGCCUACCACGACGUCGGUUCCGGCACACCUCAACCAACUUAUUUUCCUUUUAAUUCCUAUACGGCCUUAUUUGCCCCUCACACAAAUGUAAAGGCUUGGUCUGCAGUUGUGGGAGGGGAAUGUUACCCUAUUUAAACCCCCCUACUCACCUUCCUCCGUCCCGUACAUUUUUUAGCGACUUGCAUGUCCCCACCCUCCACUCCCUCUACCUAUCCUUUCACUACCUCAUGGGUGGGCCCUCUUUUAUUACAGGCCUACCACGACGUUGGUUCCGGCACACCUCAACCGACACAAUUUCCUUUUAAUUCCUAUACGGCCUUAUUUGCCCCUCACACAACCAUAAUUCUCUGCGUACUGAUUUGGUAUGUCUUACUCAUGUCGGUUUGGAUACAUUUAAUAUGGGGUUCCAAUCAAUAAUGACACAGGCGCUGGCUUUGGGGGGCACGUCCCCCUCCCUCUAGUAGGGGUGGGGUCUGCGGUGGCAGGAUUCCUGCACUAGCAAGUUUGGUAAAUGAUUAAUGCCCGGAUGGGCUUGGGGAGUCGCAACCUGAAUUUGGUUGAUGAUGAAAGACAGACUGAGGCUCUGGAAGAAGUUUAAAGUGUGCCUGUCUGCUGGGUAACGCCAGCAGCUGACAGUAUUUGGCUGUGUUGGUUUAAAUAAAGCUGUGGCUGUUGCCCUUACCCACUUAACAUGGUGUUGGGUUACUUAUUGUGAAUGGAAUGGUUACGGGAUCGAAGGAGUCAGCAGUCAACGGUUUUCCAUUAGUUUUUCAAUUUGUUUUGUUAGAAGUGAAAGUGAAACUGAAAUGAUUUGAGAUUCUGUGAAACCGCUUCAUUUCCGAGAACUGACUGUAACGUGGGUCUCCUGUUAUCCUUCCAAACUGAAUGUAAACCGGACCUUCAAGGCAGAGCUUGUAUUUAUUCUGUAUUUUCUUACACAUCCUUUCACUCCCUCACAUCUUAUUGUUCAAUGUUUAACCCUUAGAGAACCCCUUCUCCACGUUAACCAAUCCUUAACCCCUGCAGUUACCCUUCUCACUAUGAAGGGAUAUUUAACCCCUGUCAUCUCUCUAUCAAGGGAUAUUUAACCCCUGCAGUCACCCUUCUCCCUAUCAAGUGAUAAUUAACCCCUGCAGUUACCCUUCUCACUAUCAAGGAUUAUUUAACCCUUCUCCUUUAUCCAGUUAUAUUUAACCCCUGCAGUCACCCUUCUCCCUAUCAAGGGUUAUUUAAACCCUGCAGUUACCCUUCUCACUAUCAAGGAAUAAUUAACCCCUGCAGUCACCAUUCUCCCUAUCCAGUUAUAUUUAACCCCUGCAGUCACCCUUCUCCCUAUCAAGUGAUAUUUAACCCCUGCAGGUACCCAUCUCACUAUCAAGGAAUAAUUAACCCCUGCAGUCACCAUUCUCCCUAUCCAGUUAUAUUUAACCCCUGCAGUCACCCUUCUCCCUAUCAAGUGAUAUUUAACCCCUUCAGGUACCCAUCUCGCUAUCAAGGGAUAUUUAACCCCUGCAGUUACCCAUCUCGCUAUCAAGGGAUAUUUAACCCCUGCAGUUACCCAUCUCCCUAUCAAGUGAUAUUUAAUCCCUGCAGUUACCCAUCUCGCUAUCAAGGGAUAUUUAACCCCUGCAGUUACCCAUCUCGCUAUCCAGUGAUAUUUAACCCCUGCAGUCACCCAUCUCGCUAUCAAGGGAUAACUCCUGCAGUCACUCAUCUCCCUAUCAAGGAAUAUUGGUCCCCUGCAGUCACCCUCCUCUCUAUCAAGGGAUAUUUAACCCCUGCUGUCACCCAUCUCCCUAUCAAGGGAUAUUUAUCCCCUUCAGUUACCCUCCUCUCUAUCAAGGGAUAUUUAAGCCCUGCAGUUACCCUUCUCCCUAUCAAGUGAUAUUUAACCCCUGCAGUUACCCUUUUCCCUAUCUAGUGAUAUUUAACCCCUGCAGUCACCCUUCUCCCUAUCAAGUGAUAUUUAACCCCUGCAGUCACCCAUCUCUCUAUCAAGUGAUAUUUAACCCCUGCAGUCACCCAUCUCUCUAUCGAGGAAUAUUUAACCCCUGCAGUUACCCAUCUCCCUAUCAAGUGAUAUUUAACCCCUGCAGUUACCCUUCUCCCUAUCCAGUGAUAUUUAACCCCUGCAGUUAACCCCUGCAGUUACCCAUCUUCCUAUCAAGUGAUAUUAACCCCUGCAGUUACCCAUCUCACUAUCAUUGAUAUUUAACCCCUGCAGUCACCCUUCUCUCUACCAAGGGAUAUUUGGUAAAGUUUGGUAAAUGAUUAAUGCCCGGACGGGUUUGGGGAGUCGCAGCCUGAAUUUGGUUGAUGAUGAAGGACAGACUGAGGCUCUGGAAGAAGUUUAAAGUGUGCCUGUCUGCUGGGUAACGCCAGCAGCUGACAGUAUUUGGCUGUGUUGGUUUAAAUAAAGCUGUGGCGUUGCCCUUACCCACGUUACAUGGUGUUGGGUUACUUAUUGUGAAUGGAAUGGUUACGGGAUCGAAGGAGUCAGCAGUCAAUGGUUUUCCAUUAGUUUUUCAAUUUGUUUUGUUAGAAGUGAAAGUGAAACUGAAAUGAUUUGAGAUUCUGUGAAAUCGCUUCAUUUCCGAGAACUGACUGUAACGUGGGUCUCCUGUUAUCCUUCCAAACUGAAUGUAAACUGGAUCUUCAAGGCAGAGCUUGUAUUUAUUCUGUAUUUUCUUAGUGAAUUGAAAAUAAAUCUCCAUUAGAGGAAAACUGUAUUUCCUGGCGAUUCUACAUGGCAGUAAAAACGUACACAUCCUUUCACUCCCUCACAUCUUAGUGUUCAAUGUUUAACCCUUAGAGAACCCCUUCUCCACAUUAACCAAUCCUUAACCCCUGCAGUUACCCUUCUCGCUAUCAAGGGAUUUUUAACCCCUGCAGUUACCCAUCUCGCUAUCAAGGGAUUUUUAACCCCUGCAGUCACCCUUCUCUCUAUUGAGGGAUAUUUAAUCCCUGCAGUCACCCUUCUCUCUAUUGAGGGAUAUUUAACCCCUGCAGUCACCCUUCUCUCUAUUGAGGGAUAUUUAACCCGUGCAGUUACCCAUCUCGCUAUCAAGGGAUAUUUUAACCCCUGCAGUCACCCAUCUUGCUAUCAAGGGAUAUUUAAUCCAUGCAGUCACCCUUCUCUCUAUUGAGGGAUAUUUAACCCCUGCAGUCACCCUUCAAUCUAUCGAUGAAUAUUUAACCCCUGCAGUCACCCUUCUCUCUUUCGAGCGAUAUUUAACCCCUGCAGUCACCCUUCUCUUUAUCGAAGGGAUAUUUAACCCCUGCAGUCACCCUUCUCUCUAUCGAGGGAUAUUUAACCCCUGCAGUUACCCUUCUCCCUAUACAGUGAUAAUUAACCUCUGCAGUUACCCAGCUCGCUAUCAAGGGAUAUUUAACCCCUGCAGUCACCCUUCUGUCUAUCGAGGGAUAUUUAAUCCCUGCAGUCACCCUUCUCUCUAUCAAAGGGAUAUUUAAUCCCUGCUGUCACCCUUCUCUCUAUCGAGGGAUAUUUAAUCCCUGCAGUCACCCUUCUCUCUAUCGACGGUUAUUUAAUCCCUGCAGUCACCCUUCUCUCUAUCGAGGGAUAUUUAACCCCUGCAGUUACCCAUCUCGCUAUCAAGUGAUAUAUAACCCCUGCAGUUACCCAUCUCGCUAUCAAGGGAUUUUUAACCCCUGCAGUCACCCUUCUCUCUACUGAGGGAUAUUUAACCCCUGCAGUUACCCAUCUCGCUAUCAAGGGAUAUUUUAACCCCUGCAGUCACCCAUCUUGCUAUCAAGGGAUAUUUAAUCCAUGCAGUCACCCUUCUCUCUAUUGAGGGAUAUUUAACCCCUGCAGUCACCCUUCUCUCUAUCGAGGAAUAUUUAACCCCUGCAGUCACCCUUCUCUCUAUCGAGCGAUAUUUAACCCCUGCAGUCACCCUUCUCUUUAUCGAGGGAUAUUUAACCCCUGCAGUUACCCUUCUCCCUAUACAGUGAUAAUUAACCCCUGCAGUUACCCAGCUCGCUAUCAAGGGAUAUUUAACCCCUGCAGUCACCCUUCUCUCUAUCAAAAGGGAUAUUUAAUCACUGCAGUCACCCUUCUCUCUAUCAAAAGGGAUAUUUAAUCCCUGCAGUCACCCUUCUCUCUAUCGAGGGAUAUUUAAUCCCUGCAGUCACCCUUCUCUCUAUCGAGGGAUAUUUAAUCCCUGCAGUCACCCUUCUCUCUAUCGAGGGAUAUUUAACCUCUGUAGACUACUUUUUCCCCAUUUACUCAUCUUGGUAUUUCGAGAAAUAUUUGAGGAUUGGGAAGGGGUGAGGGAAUUCACAAAGAAGCUCAGUUAGUUAGGGCGACAUCCCCUGCUAAAUGAUGCCGUCAGUGGCAGAACUACCGCGGUUGCAGCGGUCGCAGCUGUUAGUUGUUCUGCAAAUAUCUCACAGCUCUAAUCCAUAUCUAGUAAUAAUAGGUUUAUAUUUAUUCAGAUAUUGUGAGCUCUCCAUCUUCUCUUCAUAUUCUGCCAUUCACUUCUCACCAUCAGCAUCCUUUCUGUAUUUCUAAACUAAUUUCACCCUUUCGCCCCUUUAAUGUUUUUCUACAAUUUUCUGAUUUUCUUUUUCAGUGUAAUUUUCAAUGGCGUAGAUCUUAUUGAAUCCCUUGUCUUGGAAGGUUUUGCGCAGUGCGGUCAGACCGCCGUGGGAUUUAUGGGAGAGAUCCCUAAGGUAAAAAACGGUAAGUAAACAGAAAGAUAGUAAAAUGAGCAGAGUAAGGCAAGAAAGAAGAUUCAUUUUCUUAUUAAUAAAUGGACAUAAAAAACAUGUUCAGACUCUGAUUGUUAAGCUGAUGGCAGUUCUAAUAUUCAAUAAAGUGAUUUUAAUCUAAACUUCUUUGUCUCACCAAUCUUUUCUUAUUUGCUAGAAUAGUUCAUUUACUAGAUCCAGAGUUUAAUAAACAGAAAGAUGAGGCCCUCUGGGAUGAGGUUCUUAGCCUGUUUUUCAUGGUAUUAGCGUGACGGUACAUGUUCAAAUGUAAUUAUAGUCCCCUUCUUUUAUUCUAACGUAACGUAUAGCAAAAUAAACUCACAAAACACCUUCACUGGACUCUUCCCAGUUAUAUGAAGGUCUCUAUUGCAGUGGGAAAGGUGCUGCCAUAACACUAACCAUAUACCUGGUGUAUAUUAUUUAACUACACAUGUUGUGUUCACUGUAAUUGACCGGUUUCUCUUGAAACAAGGGCUGCCCAGUCGAUAGCUUUAAACAUUUAGUAAAUAUUCCCCUGAUGGCAGUGUGGGCAUAAUAGGAUAAAAUCCCUCCAUAAUAGUAAUAUAGGGGUUUUAGUGAGCCUCAUAGGAUUUUUAGAUGACAUAGUUACACAGUUACACAGUUACACAGUUGCAUAGUUACAUAGUUACAUAGUUACACAGUUACAUAGUUACACAGUUACAUAGUUACACAGUUACAUAGUUACACAGUUACAUAGUUACAUAGCUGAAAAGAGACUUGCAUCCAUCAAGUUCAGCCUUCCUCACACCUGUUUUUGCUGUUGAUCCAAAUAUAUUAAUUUAUUAUUAUUUUUUAAACUUAAUGUGGCUUCUGAGGGAUUUUAAUUAUUUGCCUGCUCUUUGAUAGCACUGAUUUUUUAUAUCUGGGUCAGGAUUUGAAGCAUCCUGCACCCGAUUCACAGAAUUCUGUCUGUAGCUGUCUGGCAGCGAUUGGCACGAUGUAAUCCAGAACAAGUUCAGGGGCUCUUGGGGUAUGAUUCACAAAAUCCAGACAUUGGUAAAUUCCUUGGUCGAUGUCCAGAUUUUGCUAUCCGAAUGGCUAUGUACGUCAAUGCAUAACCUCGUCAGUCUUACCUGGCUGGAGAGGGGAGGAAUUGUGGGAGACUUGAACACUAUAUUGUGAGGAAUGAAAACGUGUAUUCCUGAUACUAUGGUCCUAAAAGCACAGUGUAGGCCCCCUACUCCCCAUUACCUUCAGUUUAAUGGUGAGCUCAAAAAAUCAAGAUAGGAUCAGCGCUAAUAAUACCAAUAAUAAAAGUAUAUAUGAUAGUGUAAAGGCAGCACACCUAAAAAGGGGAAAUACCCUCCUAUCCCCUACAAUAAAUUAGAACAUAAAAACAAAAAGAAAGGGCGCGCCUUUAAUGCCGUAUAUAUUGAAGGGAGUACACACCGUAAUAUUUAGAUAAAAGGGAAAGUAAAAAAUAAAUAAAUAAUACAAUAUAUAAAAUAUAUAUAAAAUAUAUAUAAUGUAACGGACCGUUUUGCCCACAAGAGGUUAAAAACCGUUUAGGCGAUAUUCCCCUUUCAGAUGCACAGGCAGCUACUGCAAUCACCAAUCUCCCGAACUGCAAACUACACGAAUUCUCCAACUCCCGAACAGGAAACUCACGAAUACUGGAAACAGCUGAACAGGAAAAAUCAUACGAAAGGGUUACACUCCUGGCAGUCAGCAUACAAUCCAAUUCCCCCAAUAACGAGACGACACUUCGUUUGAGGGUUAAGCAGAAUCUGUUUACUGGCACCAAAAAAACCUGCUUUUAUGCAGGUUUCCCUUAGAUAGGACCACCCACAGGGUUUUACAAAACAACCAAUAAACACAUACAAUACACUCAGACACUCCCACACAAAUUCCUCCCCUUUGCCUGUGAUUCAAUUACCUUACACAAUGGGUAAUGUAAUUUAGCACAAGCAGAGAAAUACAAUUUUUCCACAUUAUUCAUAACUUGAAAAGUAUGCAUUACAUUCACAUAAAUACAUUUUCAGAAUCAGCAUACUCCAAAUACAAACAUACGUCAAAAUCAUACAAAUUAGUCCAGUGGUUCAAAAGAUAGAUCGUAGUCCUUUGUGACCACAGGAAGCAUGGCUUUUCUGCCCAAAACCAGUUCCACAGAGUCUUCUAUAAAGGAGAUAAUUGUGAAGUCUGUCUUUGGAGAUAAUCGGAUUCAAUUAUGUCCAAAGACAGAGGCAAAACUCCAUUGAACACAUGGCAGCAAAAAGACAGUAAAAUACAAUAAAAUACACAAGGUUACAUUUAUGACAUAAAAUACAGACAUGCAACAUAUGCCCAGAUAGCUUAGGUCUGAGCGCACAUUAUUACUGAAUGGCGCUCAGAGCACACACAUACAGUUCAACUGCCAUGGAGCCAAAGUCUUUCCCAUAGUCUUUCAUUAUACGAAUGGGCUCCAUGGCAUAGCUAUCUGGGGUAUCACUGCUCAAACAGGGCAAGCACCAAAUGACCCGGCUUUCUUGUCUUUGCAGGGAAAAUCAAGCCUUUUAACAUGGGGCCAUAAUCCAAAGGCAACAGGCGAGCAACCAGGCUUCUCCAAUGCAAUGUGGCGAGAUUGCUCUCGUCACAGAGCCAAAGUCUUUUCCAUAGUCUUUCAUUAUACGAAUGGGCUCCAUGGCAUAGCUAUCUGAGGUAUCACAGCUCAAACAGGGCAAGCACCGAAUGACCCGGCUUUCAUGUCUUCGCAGGGGAAAAUCAAGCGUUUCAACAUGGGGGCAUAGUCUAAAGGUAGCAUGUGGGCAACCAGGCUUCUCCAGUGCAUAGUGGCGAGGUUGGUUCUGCCACAUAUAAUAUAUAGUGUUCUAUAUAAAAUUAUAAGUCCAAGGUAAUAGUCCACAGUGAACGAAGAGGAUUCUUGUGUAUCAAUAAAGGUUCUUCCCAAUGGAGACUUGGAUUCUCAAUAAGCCAUAUGUGGAGAGAAAUAAAGAGAGGAUCCAAUAUGUCAGUAUAUAUAUAAAUAUAUAUAUAAAAUUAUAUAAUGUACUCACAAUUUCCAGAGCUAAAAUCCAGCUCUGGUAUGAAGCGCGUGAAGUGGAUUGAUCCCCACUCAAGGAUAUAUGGAGUAGUAAUUCACCAGGAGUUCCAACCGGAAAUAAAAGGAAUGAAAUAUAUAGUGCUCACUGAAUAACUGGAGUAUGGUUAAAAGAAAGUAUGAAAUGUACUCACAAUAUGCUGAGCAGAAUUCACUGCUCAGAUAGUAGCGUAUGGGUGAUAUAAUCCCCACCUAGGGAUUCUUUGGCGUUCCUUAAAAUGGUGUAGAUCCAAGCAGUCAGGUUAUAGAUGAUUAAAAUAAAAAUAAGAAUAAAAUAGGAAUGUGGCUACAACAAAUAUUAUUUUUGAGGCCAAAAUUCCUUUAUUACAAUAGUAUAAAACAAAUAAGAUAAAAUUCUAGAUGCGUUUCGUCACAAUAGGCUUUGUGACAGAACCAUCUGUCUGCUUGUAUUUGGGAUGUAUUCGUCUGUUUGUAUUCCGUUCGUAUGAAUGGCUGUUUUCUAUAGCCCAGCCAUUCGAAUGACUUUUUUCCCGAACAAACCUGCCGAACGGACGGCCACCCAGGAGAGAAGUGUGCUGCUGGUUAACCUAUUGAUCCCAAUUAGAACGUUGUGGUUAACCGCAGACAAUUCUCAAUUAAACCGAAUUCAGGGUGGUCGUCGUUCGUAUUUCGACCACGAGGCAGCGGCCAUUUUCUAUGUUACUAAAAACCGACACUUUUUCUGCCGAACACCGCUGAAACAACGGAACGCCUGGCUGUCUCCACGAAAGCAUACGAAUACCGGCCGUUCAGGAGGUUUGAAGCAUACGAAAAGACUUAACCCAGAUAGCCUUCCCAUGGAGUCAUUCGUAUACCGAAAGACUGUAAGAACUUUGACUCCAUGGCGAUUGAACUAUGUCUGUGGGAUCUGAGCGCUAUUCGCUAAUAAUAUGCACUCAGAUCCAGGCUAUCUGGGGAUAUGUAAUGCGAAUGGGAAAUGUUCGCUUUUUGUGAAGUUAUGUAUUUUAUGUCUUUUAUGAUUUUAUAUUUAAGAUGGCGACUGGCUUUGUCCUGGAGAUAAUUGAGUUACUUGGUAAUUAUCUCCAGGGCAGAGGGGAGGGAAUCAUAAUGCACUGUGGGUAAAAUCUGUGACUGUGUGUCUGGAAUGUCCCCAUAUCUGUCUGUCAUUUAAGUCUCCCAUUUGGUCCCCUAGGGGAGUGUCCACCAAGUGGGAGACCUGCAUAAAUACGGGCAGGUAGCCCACAGUAAAGCCAGAUCCUAUUUGACCCUCAAUACUAAACGGCGGUUUUGCCUAAAGACAUUGGAGGUGUCUUAACAGGCUUCUUCAAGUAGAAUAUAAUCAAAAGACAUAAACCUUGACAUGCAAUUUCUUAUAUAGGAUACAUUGAUUGAAUUGGAAUUGGAAUAUUCCCGCCAAAAUAUGUAAUUUUGAACCUUUAUUGAUACACAAGAAUCCUCGUCGUUCACUGUGGACUAUUACCUUGGACUCGCAAUGUUUUAUAGAACACUAUAUAUUAUAUAUAUUUUAUAUAUUUUUAUAUAUUGUAUUAUUUUUUUUUUUUUUACUUUCCCUUUUAUCUAAAUAUUACAGUAUGUAUUCCCUUCGAUAUAUACGGCAUUAAAGGCGCGCCCUUUCUUUUUGUUUUUAUGUUCUAAUGGUGAGCUCAGCAUGUAGAUUUUUUUUUUUAAUUUUCACUCUUUUUUUUUUCCUGGAUCUUUGAAGAAACAGCUCAGGGUAUCUGUUAGUUAAAUGUUAAAUAGGAGUACGUUUAAAAAACAAUCAAAAUCUCUUUCACUUUCCAUUUGAGUUGGCUGCAGGUUCUUAUUACGCUCGCUCAGUGCAUUUAACAGUUACUCAGUCGCAGGACUAAGACACGUCUAGGUAUGUAAAGCGUGGCUGUGUAUAUACGUAUAUAUCUGUAUAUGUGGGAUGUAUAUAAGUGGUUUUAUCACUACUAUAGUAAUGUUAGUGUAUAAUAGGGAUAUGUAUACGUGUGUAUCUCUGUUUAAUGCAUUAUUUAGCUAUUAGAUCUAUGUAUUCACCAAAUUAUAUUAUAUUGUUCUACUUGAACCAGGUACCAGUCAGUGUCAGUGUGUUGCAGUGUUUACAUAGAUAGCUGGAUUUAUAUGAUAUCUGUAUAUAUCACGGUAUUUGCUGUGAGGCUCUUACUGAGUUCUACCCAGAGAAUACAUUGUAGAUCCACCAUGGAAGGAGUGGGACAUCGCAAGGAUCACAGGAUCGCCAGCAGGGGGGUAGUAGAAAAUCUACUUUAUCUGAAAUAAAAUGAAAUAUAUAUAUACAAACAGUUCGUACACGUUUCUUCCAUUGCAAGGGACUUCCUCAGGGACCAAAUCAAAUGUUUAUUUUGUUCUGAUAUAGGUGGAUCCGAUUCCCCAAUUUUUUUUAUAUACAUUGUCUUAGAAGGCAGUUUGCUGGACACUUUUGGGGGAGGCUGUUUUCAUAAAUACCCACACCAGAUUAGUAUUUAUUGGUGGAGGGAUUUAUUUGUACAUAUCUAUUUUUUUCUGUGCACCACAGUUAAAGGACCUGGUUAAAACACAGGAUGUGCUCAGCAUUCCAGAACACUGCUUCUAGCAGCCUUCCUCCUGGGAACAUUCAGAGUAUUUAUAUAUAACAUAUACACAUAGAAAUAUGCAUGUGUACACCCAUACAAUGCCAGAUUAGCUUCAUAGAACAUAACAUUAAAAACACUGACAAGUAAAAUAAUGGAGAUUUAGUUACGAGAUAAGAUCAUAUUUUGCAUUAACCACAGUAAGGCAGACCUUAUAAGGUUCUACACUAUAACCUGCUAGAUCCUGCUCUCUGAUUAACCCACUGACACAGGACGUCCGUUCUCUGGGGCUCUCAGCUGUUAAAGGUUCAAACAGAGUAUGCAGGGCGGUACCCGUGACAAGAUGUGGUGUAAAACCAGAAUUCUAGUCACACUCCUUUAUAACGUAUGUAAUCACUCCCCCUGUCACACUUCAUACAACAUAGACUGUUUUUAUUUUGUUGUUUUUGUGAUAAUUAUCAAUCAAUUAACAAAACAUAUCAAACAUUCCGAAAAACACAGAAUAUUUUAUUAAAAUUCAAAAUAAAAAGCAAACUAGACAUUUAUAGAUUGCAGGCGUAUUUAUCCCUGGGAGAUUCACAGUUUGGCUGCAGCGACAUCAGCGAGUUAUUCCGAGUAUCUGACAGCUUUGCAAAUGAGAAUCCAACAAAGUUUGCCGGUUCUUCUUGUUAAAUGACUUUGUUCAGUCUGGUUGGGCGGGUACUGCUUAAGAAUAUGCAAUUUACAAGUCUUAUCACCCAUUUUCCAUUGGAUUGAGGCUUUCUAUAAGGCACCCUUACAAUGAAAAUGCCUCAAUGGGGCCAAGUCCAAGUCUUUGAUGUGAAGUGGAUUAGCCGGGAGAGAUGUUUUCUUUUGGCUGCCACCUCAUCAGAGUCUUCUUUUCUUUAAAAGUGGAACCAUGUGAAAAUGAACAAUUUCUGAACGCAUUGUAUAUUUGCAGAUUUACUAAAGUCUAAUAGGGUCUGCAUUCGGUUCGUUCUGACCGAUUCUGCCUCAUUCGUUCGUGUUUGUAAAAAUCAUUAAUAUCUGCAUGCGAACCAAUUUAAAAGGUAGGAAUCGAAAAUGUACCAAUGACCACAGAAUACACAUUCUCCAAUUAUCAUUUACUGGCCUUUUCCUGUUAAUUUAACUCAUUUCCCACUGGCAGCGCUAGAAGCCAGCAAGGAAAUAGUUAAAAAAAAAACAUUGGCAGUGCAAGGGUUAAUUAUGUGGUGGCUGGCCAGUGCUUUCUAGUGAGCGACCACAUUAAAAAGUACAAAAUAAUAAAAAAACAAUAAAUAUCCACCGUUUUGCUUGUGUCAGGUGAAGGCAUAUCGACUAAAUGUUCUAAACUAGUGACAGGGCAGCCAUUGCUAACCAGUUGUUAGAGAACUGUGUCGCUGUGCUGUGAGCUCUCUGACUGUAGUUAUGGCACCAUUUACAAUGUAAAUCUCUUUGCAAUUGUGCUAGGCAUUUAUACACGAUUGCUCAAUGUGGUUGUGUAGCCUGGCAGUCGUGUAUACAUAAGUGCCGGUUUGAAGGGGUUAUUUGAAACAAAAAUUAAAAUUUUGGUUGGACUUUUAAGAAAUCAUUUACCAAAUAAUAAAGUUACGGAUAAGAAAACAAUGUCAGACAUUUUCCCCGCAUAGUCUAUAAUCAUUUACAUAUACAUUAUCAUAUAUGUGUUUUCAGGCAGGUUUCGUCCCCUCUGCCUAUACCUCUGCAGCUUGCAUCUUAGCACACAGAUACACGCUGGCAGCUUGCAUCUUGGUACAGAGAUACACAUACUGGCAACUACACACACAGAUACACAUACACUGGCACAAUAAUACACACAUUGACACAUACACACACUGACAGAUACACGGACACUUAAACAGGCACACACACUGACACACACACACUUAAACAGGCACACACACACAUUGACAGAUACACUUACACACAAACACAUAGAUACACACACUGGCAUACGCACACCUUGACACACAGAUACACAAACUGGCACAGGUACACACACACACAGGCACAUGUGUUUAUAUUUGCAGUCAUCCUCCUGUUCAUUUACCUUUAUUCUUCAGCAGUGUAACUUUCUUCAGUGCUGAAGGCUGCUGGCUGAGGAUGGUGUGCCAGGUGGUCCAUACCUGUUCCUUACUCUCUCCUUCCAGCCUGCGUUCUAUCAGGCGCUUUCUGUCUGGGAGGAAUUUAUGUCACUUCCUCCCAGCAUCCCACACUACAAGGGCCUGGUUGCAGACCAUCGGGUGGCCCUAGAGCAAAUCACAGCGAAACCCCAAAAUUGGGAAAGGCUGGGCUAGAGGGAUCGUGCAGCCAGCCAACACUCUGUCACUGGGAUCCCUAAAAAUCCACAAAGGACAUAAAGUUCCAAAUAGAACUAACGUAAUACUUUAUUUUUUACAGCGGCGGGGGAGACCUAAUGCGCAUGCGCGGCAAUGCCGCCCACGCGCAUUAGACCUCUCCAUAUGCUUUCCUAUGGGGAUUUUAGCGACGCUGGAGGUCCUCACACACAGAAAACCUGUGAAGCAGGAAGUGCCCUCUAGUGGCUGUCUAGUAGAGUGCCCUCUAGUGGCUGUCUAGUAGAGUGCCCUCUAGUGGCUGUCUAGUAGACAGCAAUUAGAGGAGGCGUUAACCCUGCAAGCUAAUUAUUGCAGUUUAUGAAAACUGCAAUAAUUACACUUGCAGGGUUAAGGGCAGUGGGAGUUGGCACCCAGACCACUCCAUUGGGCAGAAGUGGUCUGGGUGCCUGGAGUGUCCCUUUAAUAUCACAUUAUUAACAAGUAUGUUCAUACUGCUAUGAUGUUAAAUGAUAUCUUAACUUUACAUUGGUCUAGCAAGACUCCCUCCACAUAACCUAAUCUCUAGCUUCUCUGUUUCCGCUUUGUAAUAUUUGUUCUUAGUCCACAGGUUUCAUCUUUUAUCUCUUAUCAUAGUCCAGGGUUGAGUUUUACUUCUCCCUAUUUGGGAUCUUGUCUCUAUUUUCCUUACAUGGAUUUGUUUUAACUUAACUAAAUUGUUUUCAUGAACGUCUACAGUAAUUAGGAAGGUAAACUAUUCAGUAACCAGUGCGCCAAGAUUUCUGACUACACAUUCAUUUUAUUAGUAGCUCCAAAGUAGAGUUCCUCAUUCAUGCGGACAUCUGUGUAACCCACAUUGACAGGGGGAAGGGUGACAGCCUGUUUCCAAUAUUGAGGGAUAAUUUGUUUUGCCACAUUUAAGAUUCAAAUUAGACUAUUGACAGUUGCAGAAGAGGUUGUAUUGUGUCUGGGCCUCCGGAAAUGUCAACAGGCGGCCCCUGUCUAAGACCUGGUACGCAUGGUGCAUUCUGUGUUUGGCUCAUGUGGAAUGUCGGGAUCAGGAUCACUGAGGGUCUGAGUGUUGGGCAGUAAGGAGGUGAUGGGCGGCCUGGAUCUCCCUGGCACCCACAACAUGACUCUAAGCUCCCUAGGGCACUACCAGUGGGAUUCUAUCUCUACCCAUUGGUAAAUCGCAUAUUUUAAUAUUAAUGUCCUGGAAGAUGUACUCUCCCGCUCUGACAGAGCUUUCCGUUUCAAUGUGCUUUAAUGGAUAUCUUGAAAGACACAGCUCUGAUCAGACUUUACCACAUUCUGUCUCUUUGUUUUGUGUUGUUUUCUUAGGUAGAGAAUAAUAGAAACAGUCUCCAUAAUCAGAUCUUUGCAGCUGAUCAAUACCUGAAUACUGCUGCAUCCAAGAUGAGUAUUGAUGAAUACAGACAGACAAUCAUUAAUUACAGCCUGGAUAAAUGUAAACAUGGGAAUCAGGGCUUCAAACGAGUUCUCUUGCAGCUGUUCGGUUUACCAGGUAACGGCAAGUCAUCCUUCAUCAACUCCUGUAAGUUUGUCCUGGAUGGAGUUUACAGAGAAUUUGCAGAAGCAAGGGCAUCGGAUGGUGGAUGUACUACAAGGAGAGUGGCCUUUGAGCUCACCAAUGUUAUAAUGAUGGUUGAUAAUCGUGGCUGUCCGACACUCAACAAAUACGAGACAGGAGAGAUUUUUGCCCAACUUGGUAAGUUAACAAUGUCUAAUAAAAACAAUAAUUGUAGAUACACUGACAGAUACCUAUAAUAAAGCCAUUUUGAAACAAUGCUGGAAAAGCGAGUCAACUGAGUAAGUGUUAAUUCAUCAUUACCAAUGUGGCCGAGAAGGGGGCUUUAUAAAAUGUACAUGAACAGUACCGUAAUUGACACCUCAUGGUUCUACAGGCAUCAUUCCACUAACUGAAAGCACAGAGCACUAUAAAGGUUGACAAUGAAGGUUGGGUAAUAGGCAAUCAAUUAGAUUAGGUGGAGUUUGAUUAAAUAAAACUAGGCUAGGAUGGUGAGAUGAACAAUUCCUUUCCACCUCAUGACACGUGAUCUCAAAGUGAAGGGUCUGGGUAUCCCAGGGUAAAGCCCCUUAUAAAAUAGUUCAUGGUAUUUUAAAAUGUAGGUCUAGUUUGAUCCAUCACUACCAUGUUUGUCAGAUAAAGUCUGUCCAUUCACACCAGGUAAGUCAGACAGCUCUGUAUUAUUCAGUAAGAGGCUCGAUGGACCUAUUGUAUCUUGCUGAUCAAAUUCAUAUAAAUGAAAGUGAGAUUUACAUUUUGUCAUUGUGUAAUUUCAGCCAAUUUAUUGCCUCUUAAUGAGACUGUGACAUGGUGUGAAGAUUAUUCAGUGAAUGUAGAUCGAUUGAUGGAAGCAGAUACAACGGCCGAUGACAAGGAUUUUAUUGUCCCGAUCUUUGUGCACAGGUCAGUAAUUAUAGCAUAUUAUGAUCCAUUUUCAUUCUAUGUCUGUUUUGGGAUUCAAAUAGAAGGCAGAGAAUUAUGGGAAAUGUAGUCUAAAAUCAGCAAUGAGGAUCUAGACUGCACAUAGAGUAUAACAAAGAGUUAUCUCUGAUAUAUUUUAUUAAUAGUUUACAUUAAUUUGAGUUGGUACAAAUCUGCUCCAAUAUCUAUCAUUGCUGGUGCUAAUCUGGUGACAGCCAAUUCAACCAUAGUUACAUAGUUACAUAGUUACACAGUUACAUAGUUACACAGUUACACAGUUACACAGUUAUAUAGUUACACAGUUACACAGUUACAUAGUUACAUAGUUACACAGUUACACAGUUACAUAGUUCACAGUUACACAGUUACAUAGUUACAUAGUUACACAGUUACACAGUUACACAGUUACAUAGUUAUAUAGUUACACAGUUACAUAGUUACAUAGUUACGCAGUGUUACGACACGUACCGUCGGGUAGAUGAAGCCGCCGUUUAGGCAAUAAUCCCCUUCUCCAGAAAUGCAGGUUAAAUUCAGCCGACCGCCAAACUCCCGUCAAUUUCUCCAACAAUGCAGAUGAAUCUGUCACACGCAGUAACAUAGUUACACAAUUACACAGUUACAUAGAUACACAGUUACACAGUAACAUAGUUACACAGUUACAUAGUUACACAGUUACACAGUUACACAGUUACACAGUAACAUAGUUACACAGUUACACAGUUACACAGUUACAUAGUUACAUAGUUACACAGUUACAUAGUUACACAGUUACAUUGUUACAUAAUUACACAGUUACAUAGCUACACAGUUACACAGUUACAUAGUUACAUAGCUACACAGUUACACAGUUACACAGUUACAUAGCUACACAGUUACACAGUUACAUAGUUACAUAGUUACACAGUUACAUAGUUACACAGUUACAUUGUUACAUAAUUACACAGUUACAUAGCUACACAGUUACAUUGUUACAUAAUUACACAGUUACAUAGCUACACAGUUACACAGUUACAGAGUUACACAGUUACACAGUUACACAGUUACAUAGUUACACAGUUACAUAGUUACAUGGUUACAUAGUUACACAGUUACACAGUAACAUAGUUACACAGUUACACAGUUACAUAGUUACACAGUUACACAGUUACAUAGUUACAUAGUUACAUAGUUACACAGUUACAUAGCUACACAGUUACACAGUUACACAGUUACACAGUUACAUUGUUACACAGUUACAUAGUUACAUAGUUACAUAGCUGAAAAGAGACUUACGUCCAUCAAGUUCAGCCUUCCUCACAUUGUUUUUGAUGUUGAUCCAAAAGAAGGCAAAACUACCCAGUCUGAAGUGCUUCAAAUUUUGCAACAAACUAAGAAAAAAAAUAUUUCUUUACCCUAAAAUAGCAGUCAGAUGUCUCCUUGGAUCAAGCAGCUAUUACCCCACUAAUUAUAAAUUAUAUCCCUGUAUGUUAUGUUUUUGCAAGUAUUUCUCCAUUUGCUGUUUAAACAUCUGUAUGGACUCUGACAAAACCACCUUUUCAGGCAGAGAAUUCCAUAUCCGUAUUGCUCUUACUGUAAAAAAAAGCCUUUUCUUUGCCUUAGAUGGAAAACCAGACAGCUAAUGCCAGCUGGGUCUAGAAGGUAGAUGGGGGCUAGGCUGCCGUGUACCCCAUUUAUGUGAUGUAUAAUGUUUCAGUAUGUGUAACGAUAAAACAAAGGUAGCAAACAGCUCACAAUUUAUAAGAUAUAGCAAAACCCAUCUUCAAACCACAAACAAGAAAAAUAACUGGAACUAACUGGAUAUUAAAAUGAAAAGGGAAAGAAAGUGGUAAAGGAAAUUCGAUAUGUUGGGGUACUGAAGAAUCGAUCUCUUGUUUUAUGUUACGGCCAGAACCUCCCAUUUUGUAUUAUACUGAUAUUAGCAAUUAUUUCACUCCAUUUCUCUGUCUUUCUGUUUCAUUAAUAUAUUUGUGUUUUACUUUUUUUUAGCAUAAAAAAUAAAAUAUCAAGUCAUGAAGCUGAUACAUACAAAAAUAUUCUAAAAACUGCAACAGACCUGACAGGUAAAUAUGCUCAGCCUGAAUUAUUACAGUGGGGAAGAUCAACUUAAAGGGACACUAUAAUCACCAAAACAACUUUAGGUUAAUUAAAUGGUUUUGGUGUAUCGAUAAUGCCUCUGAAGUCUCACUGCUCAAUUCUCUACCAUUUAGGAGUUAAAUCAUUUUUGUUUCUGUGACUGACACAGUCUGCAAGAAUUUUUUUUUAUUAUUUCAAUCAGAUGUAAACUUAUUUAAAAAGUUUUUGUCACCUGCUCUGUAAAUUGAACUUUAAUUACAUACAAGAGGAUCCUGCAGGGUCUAACAAGCUAUUAACAUAGCAGGGAUAAGACAUUCAAAAUUAAACAAUAUUUACAAUAAAGGAAAGUGUAAACAUUAGAUCUCACUUUACAGGAAGUGCUUAGGAAUGCUGUGUAAGUCACCUGCAGGGAGGUGUGAUAAAGACUGCAAAAACAAAGAGAUUUAACUCCUAAAUGGCAGAGAAUUGAACAGUGAAACUGCAAAUGCAUGAUAUAUACACAAAAACCACUUAAUUAAGCUAAAGUUGUUUUGGUGACUACAGUGUCUCUUUAACUCCAAUUUAUCAGAGACCGAUCUGCAAUAUAUUUCAUGUAAACACGUCAUAAAGUGACAAUAAUGAUAAUAAACUGUUCAGCUAGAAAUAUGUUCAGUCCUAAACCUUAGUGUCUCAAACCCUGAAAAAAUAUUCACAAACAUCAAUGCUAACAAAGCUCCAACUGCUGUGAUCCAAGGAGAUAUCUGACUGCAAUUCUGGGGUCAGGAAGGAAUUUUUUCCUAGUUUGUUGCACAAUUGGAAGCACCUCAAACUGGGUUUUCUACCUGCAUUUGGAUCAACAGCAAAAACAUAUGUGAGAAAGGCUGAAUUUGAUGGACACAUGUCUCUUUUCAGCCUAUGUAACUAUGUCACUGUUAACAUUGAUGCAAUAUGACCAACAAGGUAGAGAGUUACAUAGUAAUCAAGGUUCGAAGAAAAACCUGAGAUCUAUCAUGUUCAGCCAUUAACACAUCUCUACACAUCUUUUACUCACCUUUACUCAAAAGCUAAUGAAAAAACUGCUAAAUAGAUUCAAAAUGUUGUCCUGAGUUUAAAAAUACCCAGUGUUUACGUGCUUUUUUGCAAUUUUUUUUUGUAAGUACAAGUAGGAUAUUGUGGUUUCAAAACAUACAUUUUUAAAAUUUAUCAAUAGUGACAUUGUAACACUAUUAUCUGUCAUAAAUCUCUGAAUAACACCCCACAUGUACAUAUUUAUUUUUUUAAAUAGACGACCCAGGGUAUUCAAUACGGGGUAUGUGCAGACUUUUUUAGUAGCCAGUUAGUCGCAAACACUGGCCAAAGUUAGCAUUCAUAUUUGUUUGUGUGUGAAAAAAGUAAAAAACUAAAUUGAAUGCUAAUUUUGGCCAGUGUUUGUGACUAAGUGGUUACUAAAAGAGACUGGACAUACCCCAUUUGCAAUACCUUGGGUUGUCUUCUUUUGCAAAUGGUAUGCCAUCAUGGGGGUAAUUCUCAUUCCUGGGCUACCAUACGCUCUCAAAGGCAACAUAACCAACCUGGCCAUUUUCAAUGUAAAAUAUUUGACCCAUAUAUUUGACCUUGUAACUUUCAAAAAUGCUAUAAAACCUGUACAUGGGGGGUACUGUUUUACUCGGGAGACAUCGCUGAACACAAAUAUUAGUGUUUAAAAACUGGAAAACGUAUCACAACAAUUAUAUCAUCAGUAAAAGUGCUGUUUGUGUGUGAAAAAUGCAAAAAAAGUUACUUUCACUGACAAUAUCAUCGCUGUGAUAUGUUUUACUGUUUUGAAUCACUAAUAUUUGUGUUCAGCAAAGUCUUCCGAGUAAAACAGUACCCCCCAUUUACAGGUUUUAGGGUGUCGUAGAACAUUACAGGGUAAAACACAAUGCUAGCAAAUUAAAUUCUCUGGACUUUCAGCCUGGGUUGGCAGGCAGGUCCCUAAAAUUGCAAUCAAUAAAAUUGCUGAAUUAUGUAAAAAUAUUACAUAAAUAUGCACAAAGAAUUUAAAUAUGUAUAUAUGAAGUGUACGUGUAUAUUUAUAUAAUUAUUUAUGUACUUUUGUAUAUGGACAUAUGUAUAUUUCGUAUUAUUUUUAUUUAUUUAUAUAUACAAUUUCAUUCUAAGUGUAUUUUGAUAUAAAUAUAUAUAUAUAUAUUAUAUAUAUAUAUAUCAAAAUACAGUUAAAAUAAUAUUUCAUAUAAAUAUAUACAAUUUUUUUAAAAAUUAUUAUUAUUUUUACAUUUUUAAUUAAAAUUAAAUUACUUAUUAUUUGUAUUUUAUUAUAAUAUAUAUAUAUAUAUAUAUGUAUAUAUAUAUAUAUAUAUAUAUAUAUAUAUAUACAAUAUAUAGUUAUUAUAUAUAUUAUAUAUAUAUGUGUGCAAUUGAAUUAUAAGUGUAUUUUUAUAUUAAUAUAUGGACAUAUUAACAUACAAUACACUUAGUAUGACAUUAUAUAUAUAUAUAUAUACAUUAACAUUAACUUUAUUUAUUUUUUUAAUGAUUUUACACUAGCAGGGAGACUGCCUGGCACAGGCAGUCCUCCUGCAGGCAGACACAUGGACACCUAUUGUGACUAUGUCAUCGCUGUGUUGAGCAAUCACAUGGCUCCAGGGGUCCUAAUCCGGUGUUGGGAGACUGUCUGGGCUGCAGGCAGUCUCCCCACACUGGGAGCACCGCCAAUUGCUGCUGGGGGAACGACGGCGAUUGGGCAAGUAGCUAAGACUGUUAGGACGGUUCAGAACCGUCAGCGGUCGGCAAUGGAAAAAUGCUGAUGACGUUCCUGAACCGUCCUCGGUCCUUAAUGGGUUAAAUGAAACUUUACCAAUAUAACAUAAGGCCAGGGACUAAUGAAAGUAUUUAGAAAAUUGGGCAGACUAGAUGGGACGAAUGGUUCUUAUCUGCCGUCACAUUCUAUGUUUCUAUUUAUAAACUACCCCUUGUCUGUGCAGUACAUUUUGUAACAUAUUUCCUCCUAUUUCUAUGACACUAAAACUGCCACGUAUUUUGUUUCUCCAGGUAUCAACCCCCUAGUUAUUCUAACUCAUAAAACCUCCGGCAAUCUAAAUGAGGUGCGUAAAAUGUUUGAAGACCUGGGAUCCGAUAAGAUCUACGCGAUUGAAAAUUACACCUCAGAAAAUAAACAAGAAUUGCUGGGAAAACACAAGGAGAUUCUGUCUUUUCUCUGCCAGGUUCUGGAAGAAGUCAAUUUCUACAUGGAAAAGCAGAGGAAUCCAAAAAGUGAAAGGAAAGACAGGAUGAAGUUUAUUCUUAAAUACAUCAAGGGGACAGAUGAUGAGAAGAGAAACCAGGAAUUUGAAGAAGAAAGAAAAAGAAUGGCGGAAGAUCUAGAAAGGCAAAGAAAGCAUAAUGCAAGCAAGGAUUCCACGUGCUCCAUCCAGUAA